AUGGACCAGAACCUGUUUGGAGGGGCCCCCAGAUUCCUCACGCGGCCCAAGGCGUUCGCAGUGUGCGUGGGCAAGGAUGCCACUCUAAGCUGCACCAUCGUGGGCAACCCCACCCUAAUGAUUACCUGGGAAAAAGAGAAGCUACGUCUGACCUCCGGGGGCCGCUUCAAGAUGGUGGAUGAUGGUAAUGUCUACCGCCUCACCAUCUACGAUCUAACCCUGGAAGACAGUGGCCAGUACAUGUGCCGGGCCAAAAACAACGUUGGGGAGGCAUACGCAUGCGUAACCCUUCAUGUAGGCCUUCCACAGGAGAUGGUGGAGAGGGCCCCCGUCUUCAUGGUCAAGCCUACCUCUGCACGCGUGGGCCUGGGGGGUGAUGUGGUCUUCCACUGCCGGGUUGCGGCUUACCCAGAGCCCAAAUUUGACUGGGAUAAGGACGGGCGUUACCUGGCCGAGACAAACCGCAUCAAGGUGACCUCGGACGGCGACAGCAGCUCCCUGAGGAUCCAGAGCGUGCGCAGCCUGGACAGCGGCACAUACACCUGCCGCGCCCAGAACUCGGUGGGCCGCUCGAACUCCGCCGCCGCCUUGGUCAUAGACACCCAGGACUCCCGUCACCUGUGCCAGGACAAGAGCACCUCCCUCCUCUCCCACCUGCAGAAGCGUAAAGAAGGGAUCUCCAUCUACCGCACAGCCGAGACCAGCAGCUCCUGUUACAACUCCACCACCACCCCUUCCACGGCCACCAAUAUGGUCACAGACGGGCUGAGCGCUCUGGGUCUGGACCAUGGCAGCGCAGCACUGGUCAGCCAGCUACCCAAAAGCGUCUUCACCCGCACCUGCACGGUGACUGAGGGCAAGCAUGCCAAGCUCAGCUGCUUCGUGACGGGUCACCCCAAGCCUCAUAUCAUCUGGAGGAAGGAUGGGGGGAACAUCGGCGAGGGACGCAGGCACAUCAUGUAUGAGGACCAGGCCGAGAACUUCAUCCUCAAGAUCCUGUACUGCAAGCAGAGCGACAAUGGCCUGUACACCUGUAAUGCCUCCAAUAUGGCCGGACAAACCUACAGCGCUGUGCUGGUGAUCGUUAAAGGUAAGAAGAGCUUUUUUAAAACCUUUUGACAAGCUUGGUAUACAGUAUGCUCACUGGUGUAGCACACACCUCCGUAGCCCUCGUGGUUGGGGUUCCCCCAGGGGUCGGGCCCACCAGAUAGCAUAAGCCAUGAUUACAUUUUUUGGAAUGACAGGAAAUUAGCUUUAAAACUGCAGAUUUUUAGAUCAGCCUCAUGGCAAAAUGUGUCAAAUAUACAUGUACAAUGUUUUUCAUUUCUUUUUUUGGUUGGGGGGGCUUGCUCGGACCUUACGGGGGGCUCCACGAAAAUGCGCUACGCCACUGAGUAUGCUGUUAUGUUGGUACAGUCUUUCAAGAGCGAUGUUUGGUUUGAAUAUACUGUAAAUUAUAUAAAAUAGUGAAUUUACUCUAUGGAUGAUCAUUUCAAUUUGUCCAUUCUCAAAGAAAAUGUUUAGCAUUUGUUUUUUCAUAGUCUCGCAUUGCCAUAUCUCGCAUUGCACUCCCAAGUCUAGUUCAUCACUUGGCUGUUGAGGAAAAAGUUAGGAUCGUUUUUCCAUAAUAUUUCCAUGACAAGGCAAAAGGAUUCAUGACUCAUGGAGGGACAUAACAAUGCUUGUCAUGUAGGGAGAUGACCUUAGAUUAGUCUCUCUCAUUGCUCUAUAUGAAUUGGCUGAUACCGGACUAGUAUAUAAGUUAUAAAUAUAACAUUUGUUUAAAUAUAGCUCAAGUGUCUGCAAUGCAAGCCUACAUAACAGUUUGUCAUUCUUGUGAUGUCGAGGUCCCCCUGUACUGGACUUGUGCACUUCGAAGCAUUGGUUUCAGAGAGUGUUUAAACAUGAUAGCUAAAGAAAUCUGAGGAGGUUAACUGAGUGUGUGUUUCCCUUGAGAUAGUGUAUAAUGUCAUACAGUCAUGCUCUUUCUGAAAUGAAUUUCGACAAGUCUGUCUAUACCAAUGACUGUAUACUGUAUAUGAAUGGACAAAGCCAUCGAUCACGUGACACCAUUCAUUCCUAUGUGAAGACUCAAUAUUGCAUUUGAAGCCAAGUCGGGUUAAGAUGGCAUCUCAUGGAGACAUAACAUGCACAGUUUGAGCUACUCCAGGAAGUGGAGUUGCAGGCUAGCUCAGUUAUGCCCCUUCUCAUUGAGUAAGAUUGACCACAAAGAUUGUCAUUUCCCCAUUCACUAUAAUGGGGGAUCCUGUUUUCUGCAAACAAUGCCUGCAGUACCGCGGUCAGCCUUCGUGGCUUGAUGAGAGGGGGCAGUUGUUCUCCCCUGGUCUACACUACCAGAAUUAACGAAAGUAAGCUAAAACGUUCACCUGAGCACAGUUUAACUUUUCUCCAACAUAGACUUAAAUGCUGGCAGCGAUAUGAAGGGGGAGUGUUGUAUUUGAUCUAUUUUAAGCCGGUGAUGAGUAGUUCACAAUGCCUAUUAGCCCGCUGUGACCCCCAGGCGCCAGAGCUAGGGUGACUUUCCAUGAGCCACCCCUGAUUGGCUAGAAGCCUGGAGCAUGGAUUAUCAAUGGCGGUUAUUAAUCUCUGUCUCAAUUUGACAGCGAGUGCAGAGCCCAUGGCAGUGCAUUUGGUUGCGUCUGGUUAUAAUUGAUGCCGGAUAAUGGAUACUCGACAUGCCUGCCUUGUUGUUGUGUUGUUGUUUUAUAGGAUUUUGUCGGGGGCUUUGCAAGGGAGCGGGGCUGUAUUCCUCUGCCCUUUAUGCACCAGUGUUCCUAUUAAUACCAGAUAAUUUUGAUAAUCCCCUGGUAUGCAAUAAGCACCUUUGGAAAAGGUCAUAAUAGAAACCUACUCAGUAGUCCCAGCCAAACAUUCAAAACACACACAUUUAGAUGAUAAGAUAUGUGGGGAGAUGAGAGCAGCACAUAAACGCUAACCCAAAAUGUAAGUGAAUAUGGUUUACCCUCUGACCCUUCUCAACCCUCUGAACUGUUUCCCAAAAGCAUAAGCCACUAUUUUGAAAUUAUUUAAUGUUUUUGCUGAUUAUUUUGAGUGCUGAUGACUUGUUCUUAUUUUAUCAAAAUGGAGGAAUAUAUAGUAAUAACAUUGUAAAUUGCCUUGUAAGCUCAUUCCAUAAUAAAGUAAACAGACAGUUACAUCGUAGAGAACUAAAUCAUUAUUAAGCCUAAAUGGAGAUGAUUCCUUUUGUUUCUGAAAACCAAACAUCACUUGUCUAUGUAAUCUGCUCUCUAAGGAUUGUAAAUGUUAUUUUUAUUUUAUGAGAAUACUCUGAGUGAUUUAUUGGAGCCCAUAGACAUCAGUCAUAAAUCAUGUGUGUGUAUCACGUUUUUACACUUCUUUCCUGAGGUGGACACAUGACAAAAUGUUGGCUUGGAUUGGUUGGAGAGUAUUGGGUUGUUGAUGAAAUACAUAAGUGAUUGAAACGCUACUACUGUACACAUACAUAUUUAAAGUGGUACGUGGAGUGUUCAAAAAUACUGUAGAUACAUUAGCUAAUUGAAUUACUGGAGUCACUCACCUUUUGAAAAUGUUUCUGCAAUCCUCCUGUGUCAUAGCCCAAGGCAUUGUAUGGUACAGUGUAUUCAAAGAAAGACAUAUUCAUUGAAUAGGCAAAAACAAAAAGAGAUGGACUUUUUGAGCAAUUGACUUACGUAUCUACCAAUAUGGAUAAUUUCCCUUACCUUUUGAGAAUUAUUCUGCGCUCUUCCCCUGAUCCUCAGAGCCCAAGGUGCCGUUCAGGAGGAAGCUGCAAGAUGUGGAGGUCCAGGAGAAGAUGACGGCCAUGCUGCUGUGUGAGGUGCCUGUUUCGGCUAGCCAGGCCAGCUGGUUCAUGGAGGAGACACGUCUGGAAGACAGCUCCAAGUACUGCAUGGAGGAGGAGGGGACCAUGCGUCGCCUCACCAUCCGGAAUGUCACCACUAAUGAUGAUGCCGUCUACAUCUGUGAGAUGAAGGAGGGGAGCCGCACCGUGGCCGAGCUCACUGUGCUGGGUACAAAAGCCAUUUUUUAAUUUUUUUUUGUCAUUUAGCAGACGCUCUUAUCCAGAGCGACUUACAGGAGCAAUUAGGUUUAAGUGCCUUGCUCAAGGGCACAUCGACAGAUUUUUCACCUAGUCGGCUCAGGGAUUAGAACCAGUGAACCUUUCGGUUACUGGCACAACGCUCUUAACCUCUAAGCUACCUGUCCCUAGUCUUCUGACAACCUUCUGAUGCAUCCAUUAACAGAUAAGGCAACAUCAUCACAUUGAGAUCGUUCCUACAUAUACUUUGAUGGGAAACAUAUAAGACAGAAGUUUACACUGCUUUAGUUUACAAUUACAUGUUGUCCAGUUUCGUCAUGUAAUAGGCAUUACUGCAUAUUACUGUCAAACGAUACUGUGAAAAUACUGUCAAAACAUUUAACGAUGCAAAGGGGGUAUCCAAUUUCCUUUAUGACCUCUCCAGGGGGCAAUAACCUUGGUAUUUCGUUUACACAGUAUUAGGGCUGCAGUGUUGUAGACCACACUACACCUGCCCUUUGGUGACCCCUGUGCUUGUCACUUCCAGGCAACAUCACUAAGAAGCUGCCCAGGAGGACUGGAGUGCCAGAGAGUGAUACAGUGAUCUUCUGUGUUGAGCUGGAGCACCCCUGUUCUGACGCCUACUGGACACGCAACGGCGAGCGUCUGAAGCCGGACACACGCAUAUCCAUUGCGUGCACCCUCAGACAGUACACGCUAACCAUCAGCCACUGCCAGGCCGACGACUCAGGAGAGGUGGCCUUUGUGGCUGGAGACUGCAAGACCUCCACACGAUUCUCUGUCACGGGUGAGCUACAGACAUAGACCUAAAUGCAUAGCACACAGACUCAAAAGCCCUUUUCCUAUCACAACGCCAAAUAAGGGAAUUCUAAAUUAGAAUACCUUUUUGAAUAAUCCCAUCACAAAGUUACAUCUGCAGAUACAUCAUAUCACUUAUAAUUAUCUCAUGAUGUAUCAAAUGUACAUGAGCCUAAUCAAACUAUACCUCCCUCCCCAGCUGCCAGAAAGCACCCUCCAGAUCCCCCUAUCGACGUGGUGGUGCGUAACAAGAGUGACUCAUCCAUCACCCUCCACUGGUCACCCCCAGACAGUGACCGCCCCGUGCCCAUCAAAGGGUACAUGGUAGAGAGGAGGAAGGUGGGUGCCCAGACCUGGCAGAGGUGCAAUGGCAUGGAGAUCAGCCCCUUUACUGAGAUCACGAUCCAGAACAUCACAGAGGAGGCCAGCUACCAGUUCCGCAUCUCUGCAGCCAACGACUACGGCCAGAGCCAAUACAUGGAGGUGCCUGGGACCUUCUACCUCGGUGAGACAGAGAAAUAUCUCAUUAUUAUUACUUCCUGGAUGUGUCAUUUCUUUCUCUCUGUCUCUGGUUUAACAAUAACAAUAAUACACUCUAAACCCUUAGCUGUGAGACAAUAUAUCCUAUAAACCACGGCCUCUCCAGAUUUGAUCACUUCAGUAAAACCCCAGCAUGCUGCUUUUGAAUUAAGCAUAUUUAUGUGAUUUAUUUUACCCUUUCUUCCAGAGCCCUCUGCAGAGGUGAAGACAGGCCUGAUGAACAGCACAUUCAUCUCAGGCGAGGAGGCCUCCCUCUCUGUGGACCUGUCUGCCGUGUGCUCUGGCUUCUGGUCUAUCAACGGCCGCCUCCUGCGCAGUGGGGCUGACUACCUCAUCACACGCCAAAAGACCACACAUACGCUGACGAUCCGAACUGUCUUGAUGGAGAUGAAUGGAGCCGUGGUCAAAUUUGUGGGCGGUGGCUCCGAGAGCACUUGUAUACUCAAAGUGAAGGGUAAGCACUGGGAUAGAGAGCAAUGCCAAGAAUAAGAACUGUGGGUUGAAUGUGCAUGUCUUCAUUAGCUGGAUGCUUAGACUUGCCUGUAUAGAGGCUAUAUAUACAGUAUCUCUAUGAGUCCUUUUGUAUUCAUGCUAUACAAGCAGUUAGGAACCUCAGUUCCUAACCUCAGUUCCUCAUGUGUUUUCUUUUGGUAGACAGUCCUCAUCUUUCCAUUAGAUUUUCCACAUACAGCUACAUGUGAAACCUCUAUUUCUAGCUCCACCUAUCCGGUUCACCAGUAAGUCCACUCACACUGAGGUGGUGACCUGCAGCGCCCAGUCUUCCGCCCAGCUGACCACAGAUGUGUCCGAUUAUGAUGCUCAGGUGUGUAGUGGGAAAAGUCCAGAUGAUUGAAUUAAUGAAUGAACAAAGUAAUACUUUAUUGGUCUGUCAGGGUUAGGAAACUUAAAAGGGGUCGUGUAAUAAAUACAAAAAUACUUUAACUCUUUCAAAUUGUCCAGAUUCAAAUCACUGUGUAAAUUAAUGUGUUAUGCUGUCUCUUAUGUGGAUUGUGUGUUCAGCCGAAUUAUAAUGUUUCCUCUAACUCUGUAGGUGGUCUGGAUGAAGAAUGGACAGGAGCUGAAGAUGGGCAAGAAGUAUGAGUGCAUAAGCACCGACCGCAAGAGGAUUCUAAUGGUACACAAUGUCACAGAAGAGGACACGGGCAUCUAUGAGUGUGUCUUAAAUGAAGACAGAAUGUCCCUGCAGCUUUCUCUGAAAGGUACAACAGGACAGUCGAAAGAUUAAAAAAAAGGAAUCACCACAACCCCUGUAGUAAUCUGUCAUGUUAGAAAGAAGAAACCACUCCAAUGAGUACACGUAACUUGUUGGCACCUGGUCCCUCAGAUUCCCAUAUCCUUUUAUUAGAAUUGCAGGAAUAGCAAAAUGCUGUACACUUUCACUGAACACCAUUUUGGUAUUAUUAUUAUAACUUUUUUUUUACACACUGACAUAUGUUUUUUAAAAACUCUAAAUCCAGUGGGUUAGUCUGACCCCGGGUCUUAAACUGACACAGUGUAUCAAAUGCAACCUCUAACCUACAUUGCCUACAGAAAGCCCCUCUCACAACACAGGGACAGGCUGGACUGUGACAGCUAACACCAGGCGCUAGUGAGCCAUCUAGCAUGGGAAAGAGCUCUCUGUCAUCAUGUAAUAAAGUCCAAUGUGUCACUGGUGUUGUCCCACCAUCUUCCAACCACGCACAGGCAGACACCCACUUAUCAUAUGAUGGUGUAUGAAAUGUAGCUGUUUGAUUAUAAUAGCAUAAUCCAAUAUUUGUAAAGCAAAUAAAUCAUCACAGAUAAAUAAAUAAAAUUAUUCUCCAUAUGGUCCUUUGUUAACAUUUAAUUAUAACCUUAAAGUAUCAAUGGAUUGAUACCACAUUUCUAUGAAUAAAAAAAGUGGACAAUUCAAGUUUUUGUUCUUGAUGACAAAUCCCAUCCCUGUUUCUCUUCCAGAUGAAGCCAAGUUCCUGAACAAGCCCAAAGGACCCAUGGGGGUAGCACCUGCCCUCAGCGGGGACCUUGAGUUGAACUGUGAGGUAUCGUCUGCAAGCGGGGUGGUGGUGUGGAGGAAGGAUCAGACAUUGGUCACUGAGGACCAAAGAACCACCAUCAUCUCCAAAGGGACACAGAGGAGACUGGUCAUCAAGAACGCCAAGAAGAGUGAUGAGGGACACUACUCCUGCGAGACAGUGGAGGACAAAGUCACAUUCCAGGUCAAGAUAAAAGGUAAGAGAGAAGGGAAUGUCUGUCGAGCACACUGGACGAACAGUAUCAUUGUAUUCAGUUCAAAUCAAAUCAAAUCAAAUUGUAUUUGUCACAUACACGUGUUUAGCAGAUGUUAUUGCAGGUGUAGCGAAAUGCUUGUGCUUCUAGUUCUGACAGUGCAGUAAUCUCUAACAAGUAAUAUCUAACAAUUUCACAACAUAUACCCAAUACACAUAAAUCUAAGUAAGGAAUGGACUUAAGCAUAUAUAGAGUACCAGUCAAAAGUUUGGACACAACUACUCAUUCAAGGGUUUUUCUUUAUUUUUACUAUUUUCUACAUUGUAGAAUAAUAGUGAAGACAUCAAAACUAUUAAAUAAUCCAUAUGGAAUCAUGUAGUAACCAAACAAGUGUUAAACAAAUCAAAAUAUAUUUUAGAUUUGAGAUUCUUCAAAUAGCCACCAUUUGCCUUGAUGACAGCUUUGUACACUCUUGGCAUUCUCUCAACCAGCUUCACCUGGAAUGCUUUUCCAACAGUCUUGAAGGAGUUCCCACAUAUGCUGAGCACUUGUUGGCUGUUUUUCCUUCACUCUGCCGUCUGACUCAUCCCAAACCAUCUCAAUUGGGUUGAGGUCGGGGGAUUGUGGAGGCCAGGUCAUCUGAUGCAGCACUCCAUCACUCUCCUUCUUGGUAAAAUAGCCCUUACACAGCCUGGAGGUGUGUUGGGUCAUUGUCCUGUUGAAAAACAAAUUAUAGUCCCACUAAGCCCAAACCAGUUUGGAUGACGUAUCGCUGUAGAAUGCUGUGGUAGCCAUGCUGGUUAAGUGUGCCUUGAAUUCUAAAUAAAUCACAGACAGUGUCACCAGCAAAUAACCCCCACACUAUAACACCUCCUCCUCCAUGCUUUACGGUGGGAAAUACACAUGCAGAGAUCAUCCGUUCACCCACACCGCUUCUCACUAAGACAUGGCGGUUGGAACCAAAAAUGUCAAAUUUGGACUCCAAACCAAAGGACACAUUUCCACCGGUCUAAUGUCCAUUGCUCGUGUUUCUUGGCCCAAGCAGAUCUCUUCUUCUUAUUGGUGUCCUUUAGUAGUGGUUUCUUUGCAGCAAUUCGACCAUGAAGGCCUGAUUCACACAGUCUCCUCUGAACAGUUGAUGUUGAGAUGUGUCUGUGACUUGACCUCUGUGAAGCAUUUAUUUGGGCUGCAAUUUCUGAGGCUGGUAACUCUAAUGAACUUAUCCUCUGCAGCAGAGGUAACUCUGGGUCUUCCAUUCCUGUGGUGGUCCUCAUGAGAGCCAGUUUCAUCAUAGCGCUUGAUUGUUUUUGUGAAUGCACUUUCAUGUCUUAAAGUAAUGAUGGACUGUCGUUUCUCUUUGCUUAUUUGAGCUGUUCCUGCCAUAAUAUGUACUUGGUCAUUUACCAAAUAGCGCUAUCAUCUGUAUACCCCCCCUCAGUCCUUUGAAAGGCUGGUCAUGGCUCACAUCAACACCAUUAUCCCAGAAAACCUAGACCCACUCCAAUUUGCAUAUCGUCCCAACAGAUCUACAUCUGAUGCAAUCUCUAUUGCGCUCCACACUGCCCUUUCACACCUGGACAAAAGGAACACCUAUAUGAGAAUGCUAUUCAUUGACUACAGCUGAGCGUUCAGCACCAUAGUACCCUCAAAGCUCAUCACUAAGCUAAGGACCCUGGGACUAAACACCUCCCUCUGCAACUGGAUCCUAGACUUCCUGACGGGCCGUCUCCAGGUGGUAAGGGUAAGUAACAACACAUCUGCCACGCUGAUCCUCAACAUGGGGGCCCCUCAGGGGUGUGUGCUCAGUCCCCUCCUGUACUCCCUGUUCACUCAUGACUGCAUGGCCAGGCACGACUCCAACACCAUCAUUAAGUUUGCCGAUGACACAACAGUAAUAGGCCUGAUCACCGACAAUGAUGAGAAAGCCUAUAGGGAGGAGGUCAGAGAUCUGGCCGUGUGGUGUCAGGACAACAUCCUCUCCCUCAACGUGAUCAAGACAAAGGAGAUGAUUGUGAACUACAGGAAAAAGAAGAGGACCGAGCACGCCCUCAUUCUCAUUGAUGGGGCUGUAGUGGAGCAGGUUGUGAGCUUCAAGUUCCUUGGUGUCCACAUCACCAACAAACUAACAUGGUCCAAGCACACCAAGACAGUCGUGAAGAGGGCACGACAAAACCUAUUCGAGUUGCCCACACCCCCCACCCCUCUUUUACGCUGUUUAUUAUCUGUGCAUAGUCACUUUAAUAACUCUACCUACAUGUACAGUUGAAGUCAGAAGUUUACAUACACCAUAGCCAAAUACAUUUAAACUCAGUUUUUCACAAUUCCUGACAUUUAAUCCUAGUAAGAAUUCCCUGUUUUAGGUCAGUUAGGAUCACCAUUUUAUUUUCAGAAUGUGAAAUGUCAAAAUAAUAGUAGAGAGAAUUUUUUAUUUCAGUUUUUAUUUCUUUCAUCACAUUCCCAGUGGGUCAUAAGUUUACAUACACUCAAUUAGUAUUUGGUAGCAUUGCCUUUAAAUUGUUUAACUUGGGUCAAACGUUUCGGGUAGCCUUCCACAAGCUUCCCACAAUAAAUUGGGUGAAUUUUGGCCCAUUCCUCCUGACAGAGCUGGUGUAACUGAAUCAGGUUUGUAGGCCUCCUUGCUCGCACACACUUUUUCAGUUCUGCCCACAAAUGUUCUAUAGGAUUGAGGUCAGGGCUUUGUGAUGGCCACUCCAAUACCUUGACUUCAUUGCUCUUAAGACAUUUUGCCACAACUUUGGAAGUCCCAUUUGUGUCACGAUCGUUAUAAGAGGCAGACCAAGGCGCAGCGUGAUAGGCGUACAUCUUUUAAUGAGUACUUUACACGAUCAAACAAAACAACAAAACGAUACGUGAAGUCUAAAGGUUCACCAACACAAACCUAUACAGAACAAGAUCCCACAAAUAACUAGUGCCAACAGGCUGCCUAAGUAUGGUUCCCAAUCAGAGACAACGAGAAUCAGCUGCCUCUGUUGGGGAACCACCCUGGCCAACAUAGAAAACACGAACUAGAACACAACAUAGAAAAUCACACAUAGAAAAUCCACACCCUGGCUCAACAUAUAAGAGUCCCCAGAGCCAGGGCGUGACAUUACCCCCCCCCAAAGGCGCGGACUGCGACCGCGCCAACCAAACCCAACAGGGGAGGGGCCGGGUGGGCAUUCCGCCUCGGAGGCGGAUCCGGCUCCGGGCGUGACCACCACUCUCUCGCUACCCCCCCGUAGCGCCCCUGGUCUGGUCUGGCCCCACUGGCCGGAGCUGGACUGGACACCGGUGGAGCGGAUUGCUCAGGCUCCGGUGUGGAGCAGCUUACCGGUGCCUGAACAGGCACGGGCUGUGCCGGACUGAUGACGCGCACCACUGACUUGGUGCGGGGAGCAGGAACAGGCUGGACCGGGCUGACGACGUGCACCACAGGCUUGGUGCGAGGGACAGGGACAGGCCGGGCCGGACUGGCGACGCGCACCCCUGGCCUGGUGCGGGGAGCAGAAACAGGCCGGACCGGGCUGGCAACGCGCACCACAGGCUUGGUGCGGGGAGCAGGAACGGGCCGGACCGGGCUGAUGACGCGCACCACAGGCUUGGUGCGGGGAGCAGGAACAGGCCGGACCGGGCUGGCGACGCGCACCACAGGCUUGGUGCGAGGGGCAGGAACAGGCCGGACCUGGCUGGCGACGCACACCACAGGCUUGGUGCGGGGAGCAGGAACAGGCUGGACCGGGCUGACGACGUGCACCACAGGCUUGGUGCGAGGGACAGGGACAGGCCGGGCCGGACUGGCGACGCGCACCCCUGGCCUGGUGCGGGGAGCAGAAACAGGCCGGACCGGGCUGGCAACGCGCACCACAGGCUUGGUGCGAGGGGCAGGAACAGGCCGGACCGGGCUGGCGACGUGCACCACAGGCUUGGUGCGGGGAGCAGGAACAGGCCGGACCGGGCUGGCGACGCACCACAGGCUUGGUGCGGGGAGCAGGAACAGGCCGGACCGGGCUGGCGACGCGCACCACAGGCUUGGUGCGAGGGACAGGAACAGGCCGGACCGUACUGGGAACACACACCACUGGCCUUGUGCGGGGAUCAGGAACGGGCCGGACCGGACUGGUAACACACCCCAGUACCUCUCGCCGUGCCUCUACACUCUCCUUCCCCCUCAUGACCAAUGGCCCCCAUAACCUGGUGGCCUCCUCUCCUAGUCCGCAAACUCGCACUGUAGCUGCCUCCAGCAGCCCCGUCGUCCAUGCCGUGUGCCCCCCCCCCAAAAACAUUAUUGGGGUUGCCUCUCGCCUGUCCGACGACGGCCCGGUUGGCGCCGCUUCUCCUCUCCUGCCUGGGCAUCCUCCCUCAUCGCCCUCCGGUAGCGGACGGCCUCCUCCUCUGUGAUUCUCCCCCAACCGAGGAGGACAUCUACCAGAGUAACCUCCUGUUCCAUACCCGGCGUUUGCUCCUGCACACGCUGCUUGGUCCUAUUACGGUGGGAUCUUCUGUCACGAUCGUUAUAAGAGGCAGACCAAGGCGCAGCGUGAUAGGCGUACAUCUUUUAAUGAGUACUUUACACGAUCAAACAAAACAACAAAACAACACGUGAAGUCUAAAGGUUCACCAACACAAACCUAUACAGAACAAGAUCCCACAAAUAACUAGUGCCAACAGGCUGCCUAAGUAUGGUUCCCAAUCAGAGACAACGAGAAUCAGCUGCCUCUGUUGGGGAACCACCCUGGCCAACAUAGAAAACACGAACUAGAACACAACAUAGAAAAUCACACAUAGAAAAUCCACACCCUGGCUCAACAUAUAAGAGUCCCCAGAGCCAGGGCGUGACAAUUUGUGACCAAGCUUUAACUUCCUGACUGAUGUCUUGAGAUGUUGCUUCAAUAUAUCCACAUAAUUUUCCUUCCUCAUGAUGCCAUCUAUUUUUGUGAAGUGCACCAGGCCCUCCUGCAGCAAAGCACCCCCACAGCAUGAUGCUGCCACCUCCGUGCUUCACGGUUGGGAUGGUGUUCUUCGGCUUGCAAGCGACCCCCUUUUUCCUCCAAACAUAACAAUGGUCAUUAUGGCCAAACAGUUCUAUUUUUGUUUCAUCCGACCAGAGGACAUUUCUCCAAAAAGUACGAUCUUUGUCCCCAUGUGUAGUUGCAAACCUUAGUCUGGCUUUUUUAUGGCGGUUUUGGAGCAGUGGCUUCUUCCUUGCUGAGCGGCUUUUCAGGUUAUGUCGAUAUAGGACUCGUUUUACUGUGGAUAUAGAUACUAUUGUACCUGUUUCCUCCAGCAUCUUCACAAGGUCCUUUGCUGUUGUUCUGGGAUUGAUUUGCACUUUUCGCACCAAAGUACGUUCAUCUCUCGGAGACAGAACGCGUCUCCUUCCUGAGCGGUAUGACGGCUGCGUGGUCCCAUGGUGUUUAUACUUGCGUACUAUUGUUUGUACAGAUGAACGUGGUACCUUCAGGCGUUUGGAAAUUGCUCCCAAGGAUGAACCAGACUUGUGGAGGUCUACAAUCUUUUUUCUGAGGUCUUGGCUGAUUUCUUUUGAUUUUCCCAUGAUGUCAAGCAAAGAGGCACUGAGUUUGAAGGUAGGCCUUGAAAUACAUCCACAGGUACACCUCCAAUUGACUCAAAUGAUGUCAAUUAGCCUAUCAGCAGCUUCUAAAGCCAUGACAUCAUUUUCUGGAAUUUUCCAGGCUGUUUAAAGGCACAGUCAACUUAGUGUAUGUAAACUUCUGACCCACUGGAAUUGUGAUACAGUGUAUAAGUGAAAUAAUCUGUCUGUAAACAAUUGUUGGAAAAAUUACUUGUGUCAUGCACAAAGUAGAUGUCCUAACCGACUUGCCAAAACUAUAGUUUGUUAACAAGACAUUUGUGGAGUGGUUGAAAAACGAGAUUUAAUGACUCCAACCUAAGUGAAUGUAAACUUCUGACUUCAACUGUACAUAUUACCCCAAUUACCUCGACUAACCGGUGUCCCCUUACAUUGUCUUGUUACCGGUACCCCCUGUAUAUAGCCUCGCUAUUUUUAUUUUUACUGCUGCUCUUUAACUAUUUGUUACUUUUAUUUCAUAUUAUCUAUAUUGUAUUUUUUUGUGAUUUUUUUUGUUGGCAUUCUUUCUUAAAACUGCAUUGUUGGUUAAUGGCUUGUAAGUAAGCAUUUCACUGUAAGGUCUACACCUGUUGUAUUCGGCGCAUGUGACAAAUACAAUUUCAUUUGAUUUGAUUUGAUUUUAUAUUUAUCACAACACAACUGAUCGGCUAAAACGCAUUAAGAAGGAAAGAAAUUUCACAAAUUAACUUUUAAAAAAGCACACCUGUUAAUUGAAAUGCAUUCCAGGCGAUUACCUCAUGAAGCUGGUUGAGAGAAUGCCAAGAGUGUGCAAAGCUGUCAUCAAGGCAAAGGGUGGCUAUUUGAAGAAUCUCAAAUAUAAAAUAUAUUUUGAUUUGUUUAACACUUUUUUGGUUACUACAUGAUUCCAUAUGUGUUGUUUCAUAAUUUUGAUGCCUCACUAUUAUUCUACAAUGUAAAAAAUAGUAAAAAAGAAAAAAAGAAAAAAAACUUGAAUGAGUAGGUGUGUCCCAACUUUUGACUGGUAGUGUACAGAUAUGGACGAGCAAUGAGUUUGUUUAAUAACUGAGGCAAAUUUGUAAAAUGUGUAAAAAGCUACAAAAACUAUUGUCCCCUCAGAAUCCCAGACUGCCUAUGCAAAUAGUGUUCCUGUUUUUAGUGUUCAACCCUAAAAGAAAGGUUUCCGAUUUUACUGUGACAUUCCAUGAUUGUUCACACAGACGCCCAACAGUCAGCCUUCUACAACAAGGAGUUUGUACAGAAGGAGGUGAAAGCUACUCUCUCCCAGAAAGCCACUCUGAGCUGUGAAGUGUCCGACGCCAAGACUGAGGUGAAAUGGUACAAGGAUGGCAAGCUGCUGACUUCCACUGAGACAGUCUCCAUGGAGACAAAGGGCAAGAGUCGUCUGUUGGUAGUAGACAAAAUUCAGAAGAAGGAUGCUGGAGAGUACACCUGUGAGGCUGGAGCAGAGAAGCUGGUCUUUAAAAUACAUGUUUCAGGUAAGCCAAAUAUCGAUAUUCUGACUGUCUAUUGUCUGCUUUUGACCAAGGUUGCUGGAGUGGUUGUCUAUGUGCCAGUCUUGCAAAUCUUGAAUGUUUUCCCUCUCAGUCCUUGGAGAUGGUUUGGAAAAUGUACAACAUUUGAAUUGCUUCCGCUCUGCUCUUUAUCUUAAAAAUGUAUGGUUGUUUUGUUAGUUUCAAUGUUUUUAUAAUUGAGACUGAAAUUGGUGGGUUUAUCAGAUAAAACAUGGUUUGUAGAUUUGGGCUUCAAAGUUGUUUCAUUGGAUGAAUUUCAUGGCUUCUCAGGACACCUCAAUGGUGCGCUGUGUCUGUCUCUGCAAUAUUAGAGUUGUAGCUGGUUGACUGGCUUUUCUAUCAGUCAAUCAAUCAAAUGUAUUUAUAAAGCCCUUUUUACAUCAGCAGUUAUUAUACAGAAACCCAGCCUAAAACCCCAAACAGCAAGCAAUGCAGAUGUAGAAGCACGGUGUCUAGCAAAAACUCCCUAGAAAGGCAGGAACCUAGGAAGAAACUUAGAGAGGAACCAUGCUCUGAGGGGUGUGCCGGGUGGAGAUUAUAAGAGUACAUGGCCAUUAAGCCCAGAUCGUUCUUCAAGAUGUUCAAACGUUCAUAGAUGACCAGCAGGGUCAAAUAAUAAUCACAGUGAUUGUAGAGGGUGCAACAGGUCAGCACCUCAGGAGUAAAUGUCAGUUGGCUUUUCAUAGCCGAGUAUUCAGAGGUCGAGACAGCAGGUGCGGGAGAGAGAAGGGAGAGAGGAAGAGGGAGAGAGAGAGAAGGAGAGGGAGAGAGAGGGUCGAAAACUGCAGGUCCGGGACAAUGUAGCACGUCCGGUGAACAGGUCAGGGUUCCAUAGCCACAGGCAAAACAGCAGAAACUGGAUCAGCAGCACGACCAGGUGGACUGGGGACUGCCAGGAGUCAUCAAGUCAGAUAAUCCUGAGGCAUGGUCCUAGGGCUCAGGUCCUCCGGGAAAAGAGAGAAAGAGAGAGACAUAUGUCCAGUGUUGAAAAAUCCUGUUUUUUGUUUAAACCCUUGUGAUGCUACUUUGCCCCUCCAUGAUUGUUCCCUUAGAAACCCAACAGUCAGCCUUCACCAACAAGGAGUCUGUACAGAAGGAGGUGAAAGCUACUCUCUCCCAGAAAGCCACUCUGAGCUGUGAGGUGUCUGAUACCAAGACCGAGGUGAAAUGGUACAAGGAUGGCAAGCUGCUGACUUCCACUAAGGCAGUCUACAUGGAAACGAAGGGCAAGACUCGUCAGCUGGUGAUAGAGAAGGUGGAGAAGAAGGAUGCUGGAGAGUACACCUGUGAGGUUGGAGCAGAGAAGCUGGUCUAUAAGAUUCAGGUGACAGGUAAGGAGGAUAUAUCGACUCGCUGUCUUGUCUGCUUUCGGCCUGAUUGCUGGAAUGGUUGUCUGUGUGAUAUGCACAUUUGACAUGAUUAUCUUAGGAAAAGAUAACUGUGAUAUAUUUAGCUGUCCUCUGGGAAGCUUUGGCAAAUGUACUGUUGAAUUACAUUUAGAUUUAGUCUCAGUCAAAAACCAAUGCCUAAUUUGUUGUUUCCAUAGUGUUAAAAUUGUGAUUUUAGGAUUAGUUGAUUCUAUCAGACAAGGGGGUAUACAGAUGUAUGAACUUAAUUUGAUCACCCUGUUGCAGGACAACUUUCAUGCAAUGCAAGAAAUGUAAAACUUGUAGUGUAUUUGACGUUUUAAAAGGCUUCUAAAGUUUGUAAUUUCCACUUUGAAAUUUCAGACUUGAUUUUCCUUUACGAACAAUUUAGCAACCCCUACAAAUAAUUCACAUUUACUGUUGCUGCAGGAUUAUUUUCCUGCUGUAGCAAACUGGCAAAAAUCCUACACCUGUAUUUGGCACAUCAAGGUUGUUUCUUUGCUUGAUUUGGCUCUGGUUGUUUUGACUUGUGGCUUGCUAUUGUUGCUUAUGGGGACGUCUCACUGGUCUCUGUCCCUUUUGCGGCUGUGUGUCUAUUCCCAUUCUACAUUUGAAUUGCUAAUGGUUGAUUUACAGAAGCCCAGGCUGCCUUCACCAACAAGGAGUCUGUACAGAUGGAGGUGAAAGCUACUCUCUCCCAGAAAGCCACUCUGAGCUGUGAGGUGUCCGAUACCAAGACAGAGGUGAAAUGGUACAAGGAUGGCAAGCUGCUGACUUCCAGUAAGACAGUCUCCAUGGAGACAAAGGGCAAGACUCGUCAGCUGGUGAUAGAGAAGGUGGAGAAGAAGGAUGGUGGAGAGUACACCUGUGAGGUUGGAGCAGAGAAGCUGGUCUAUAAGAUUCAGGUGGAAGGUAUGGGAUGUUUUGUAACUAUUGGAUUUACUGUCUGUCUAUCGUCUGCUAUAGGGCUUAUAAUGGGAGGGAUGGUUGUCCAUAUGCCUGUCCUACAAAUAUAUAUCUGAUAAAACUUGUGUUUGACAAAGGUUCUUUCAUUUGUUGAGUUGUCUUCCCAAGUGUAUGUCUCCUACAAUCUGUGUUGCUGCUCUAGCUUAUAUUAUGUCUGAAUAGUCUGUUUCCAUGUUUGUUGCAUAGUUCGUUUUUCUCCGUAUCAUGUUAAAAUUGUUGACUCCCGGUGUACGUCUUGUAGUUAAUUGUCCCCAUGUUUGUACAGGACAGUAAGUGAUGUGUCCUGAUUUUGGUGUUGAUACUGUUUGACCCUAAAUUAAAUGUUUCUGCCAUUGUGCCCCUCCAUGACUGUCCCAUCAGAAGCACAACAGGCUGCCUUCACCAACAAGGAUUCUGUACAGAAAGACGUGAAAGCUACUCUCUCCCAGAAAGCCACUCUGACCUGUGAGGUGAUCGAUAACAAGACAGAGGUGAAAUGGUACAAGGAUGGCAAGCUGCUGACUUCCAGUAAGACAGUCUACAUGGAGACAAAGGGCAAGACUCGUCAGCUGGUGAUAGAGAAGGUGGAGAAGAAGGAUGCUGGAGAGUACACCUGUGAGGUGGGAACAGAAAAGCUGGCCUUCAAGAUACACGUGACAGGAGGUAAGGAGGAGUUCUUUUUUAGUUACAGUACAUGCCCUCUGUGGUGCCAUUUAGGCUUUGGUUGCUGGAAUGGUUGCCCAUUUGUCUGUCCUAAGAAUUUGUCUUGUAUUCUUCUUAUUUGAAGAAGAGAUUUACAGUACCUUGGUCUGAGGAGAUGUUAUGGGACAUACACAGUUACAUUUUUUGUUCUGUUUUUAUCUUACAAACUUACAGCUAUUCUGUUAUUUUUAAAGUGUAAUUGGGACCUUAGAAUUUGUCAAUUCUAUCUUACAAACAGAUAGGUUUGGGGAGGUUUUUAAUUGGUUGUUUUGAUUCCUCACAACAAUGUCCUUUUAAUAUUGUGUAUUGUUUGACUGAUGUUGCUCAUGGGGUUAUAUAAGUGCUCUGUUUCCCUGUUUGUUUUUCUGGUGUGGAACGUCUCCAUACCACAUUGGAAUUUCGGAUGAUUGACUUUGCAAGGCUGCUCUAUGUCCAAUGCCUCCCGUAUUUGUCCAGUCUACAGAUAUGGUUCCUGUUUUGAUGUUAUAUUGAGUGAAAGGAUUUUAAUUUCCAUCAUAUCCUUCAAUGGUUCCUCCUUCAGAAACUCAGGGUGCCUUCUACAACAAGGAUUCUGUACAGAAAGUGGUGAAAGCUACUCUUUCCCAGAAAGCCACUCUGAGCUGUGAGGUGUCCGAUAUCAAGACAGAGGUGAAAUGGUACAAGGAUGGCAAGCUGAUGACUUCCAGUAAGACAGUCUCCAUGGAGACAAAGGGCAAGACUCGUCAGCUGGUGAUAGAGAAGGUGGAGAAGAAGGAUGCUGGAGAGUACACCUGUGAGGUGGGAGCAGAGAAGCUGGUCUAUAAGAUUCAGGUGGCAGGUAUGGGAUGUUUUGUAACUAUUAGAUUUACUGUCUGUCUAUCGUCUGCUAUAGGGCUUAUAAUGGGAGGGAUGGUUGUCCAUAUGCCUGUCCUACAAAUAUAUAUCUGAUAAAACUUGUGUUUGACAAAGGUUCUUUCAUUUGUUGAGUUGUCUUCCCAAGUGUAUGUCUCCUACAAUCUGUGUUGCUGCUCUAGCUUAUAUUAUGUCUGAAUAGUCUGUUUCCAUGUUUGUUGCAUAGUUCGUUUUUCUCCGUAUCAUGUUAGAAUUGUUGACUCCCGGUGGAUGUUCUGUAGUUAAUUGUCCCCAUGUUUGUACAGGACAGUAAGUGAUGUGUCCUGAUUUUGGUGUUGAUACUGUUUGACCCUAAAUUAAAUGUUUCUGCCAUUGUGCCACUCCAUGACUGUCCCAUCAGAAGCACAACAGGCUGCCUUCACCAACAAGGAUUCUGUACAGAAAGACGUGAAAGCUACUCUCUCCCAGAAAGCCACUCUGACCUGUGAGGUGUCCGAUACCAAGACGGAGGUGAAAUGGUACAAGGAUGGCAAGCUGCUGACUUCCAGUAAGACAGUCUACAUGGAGACAAAGGGCAAGACUCGUCAGCUGGUGAUAGAGAAGGUGGAGAAGAAGGAUGCUGGAGAGUACACCUGUGAGGUGGGAACAGAAAAGCUGGCCUUCAAGAUACACGUGACAGGAGGUAAGGAGGAGUUCUUUUUUAGUUACAGUACAUGCCCUCUGUGGUGCCAUUUAGGCUUUGGUUGCUGGAAUGGUUGCCCAUUUGUCUGUCCUAAGAAUUUUUAUUGUAUUCUUCUUAUUUGAAGAAGAGAUUUACAGUACCUUGGUCUGAGGAGAUGUUAUGGGACAUACACAGUUACAUUUUUUGUUCUGUUUUUAUCUUACAAACUUACAGCUAUUCUGUUAUUUUUAAAGUGUAAUUGGGACCUUAGAAUUUGUCAAUUCUAUCUUACAAUCAGAUAGGUUUGGGGAGGUUUUUAAUUGGUUGUUUUGAUUCCUCACAACAAUGUCCUUUUAAUACUGUGUAUUGUUUGACUGAUGUUGCUCAUGGGGUUAUAUAAGUGCUCUGUUUCCCUGUUUGUUUUUCUGGUGUGGAACGUCUCCAUACCACAUUGGAAUUUCGGAUGAUUGACUUUGCAAGGCUGCUCUAUGUCCAAUGCCUCCCGUAUUUGUCCAGUCUACAGAUAUGGUUCCUGUUUUGAUGUUAUAUUGAGUGAAAGGAUUUUAAUUUCCAUCAUAUCCUUCAAUGGUUCCUCCUUCAGAAACUCAGGGUGCCUUCUACAACAAGGAUUCUGUACAGAAAGUGGUGAAAGCUACUCUUUCCCAGAAAGCCACUCUGAGCUGUGAGGUGUCCGAUACCAAGACAGAGGUGAAAUGGUACAAGGAUGGCAAGCUGCUGACUUCCAGUAAGACAGUCUCCAUGGAGACAAAGGGCAAGAUUCGUCAGCUGGUGAUAGAGAAGGUGGAGAAGAAGGAUGCUGGAGAGUACACCUGUGAGGUUGGAGUGGAGAAGCUGGUCUAUAAGAUUCAGGUGGCAGGUAUGGGACGAUAUGAAAGGUGGUUGUCUAUAUUGAUGUCUCUCUCAAGGCUUUGGAUGCUGAAUUGUCAAAAUAAUUGUGAUGAGGUGAUUUUGAAGGAGUCAGGCGCAGGAGGGUAAAUCACAGAAUAACAGGAUUUAUUCUGAACCACAGAGUUACGGAGUAAUGCGUAAAAACACUCAAAACAGGCGCACUGGAAAAUACAAGGCACACAGGGAAUAUUCCCGGCGAUACAAAGUACACGGAGCUCCACCGAGCUCCUCUCUCCUCCACAAUAAACAAUCACACACAAAGACAAGGGGGCAGAGGGAACACUUAUACAUGUACUGAUGAGGGGAUAUGAACCAGGUGUGUGUAAUAACAAGACAAAACAAAUGGAAUGAUGACAUGAGGAGCGGCAGUGGCUAGAAGGCCGGUGAUGACGAACGCCGAAGCCUGCCCAAACAAGGAGAGGAGGCAGCCUUGGAGGAAGUCGUGUCAAGAAUAUGUUUUGUAUACUCAAGCCGAUGUUCUCUGAAUGUAUUGCCUGUUUUUGUUGUUGUAGAUUUCUGUCUAUAUUUGUGUCUAUCUAAAACUAUAUUUGAAUAGCUGGUUAUUGACUUGUUUUGCUCAACGCCUCCCAGUCCGAUGUCUAUCCCAUGUAGAGAUGUGGUUCCUGUUUCUUUUGUGUUCCACCCUAAAUGAAGGGUUUCUAAUACUACUGUGCCAUUUCAUGAUUUCUCCUUCAGAGACUCAAGCUGCCUUCUCCAACAAGGAUUCUGUACAGAAAGACGUGAAAGCUACUCUCUCUCAGAAAGCCACUCUGACCUGUGAGGUGAUCGAUAACAAGACGGAGGUGAAAUGGUACAAGGAUGGCAAGCUGCUGACUUCCAGUAAGACAGUCUCCAUGGAGACAAAGGGCAAGACUCGUCAGCUGGUGAUAGAGAAGGUGGAGAAGAAGGAUGCUGGAGAGUACACCUGUGAGGUGGGAGCGGAGAAGUUGGCCUUCAAGAUAGAGGUGGCAGGUAGGAUGUCAUUGACUUUCAACAAUAUUUGUCUUUGCUAUCACCUCUAUAUUAACAAGUCUUAUUUUUUGUCUCUAGAAUCCUCUGCCAAGUUUAAAAAGACUGCAGUGAAGGAUACAUGCAAUGUUCAAGCAAGUGAAAAGAUUGUUUUGACCACUGAGUUGACUUUGGAGAGUGCCAGUGUUAAGUGGUUCAGGGACGGAGUGGAGUUGAAGGAGGGCUCUAAGUAUGACAUGAAGAGAGAGGGACAUUCUCGUACCCUGAUUGUGAAGUCCACUGAACUCAAAGACAGUGGGAACUACUCUUGCCACACUGCUGACGACAAGAUUGAGUUCAAAGUUCAAGUCAAAGGUUAGUUUGCUAUUCAUUCAUCAGAACAAUUGAUUGACGGGCUAGUGUUGUAUGUUUCUGUGAGUAUAGUCAAUGCCUAUGAAGAUCAUACAUAUUCCAUUUAGCUAAUGAAAUGCUGGCCAUGUUUCCCUUCAGAUUCAUCACUGAAGUUUGUAGUGCAGUUGCAGCCUGUAGCCACAGAGCUGGGUGGUACCCUGACCCUGACCUGUGAACUGAACCGAGCCUUAGGGGACGUGCUCUGGCGCCACAACAGCUGUGAGGUCAAACCUGGCGGCAGGUUCUGUGUCAGCACUGAUGGUCCCAAGCGGGUCCUUACUGUGACAGGAAUGGCAAAAGAGGAUGAGGGAGAGUACAGCUGUGAAUGCAAAGAUGAUAAGACCUCUGCCAAGGUCUCCACCAAAGGUAGCUGAGGCUUUGCUUUCAUUAGAUUUACAACUUGGUCACUGACUACUACAAUAUGAACUGUAGUUACAGACAUAUCAAAUCAAAUGUUAUUUGCCACAUGCGCCGAAUACAACAGGUGUAGACCUUACAGUGAAAUGCUUACUUACAAGCCCUUAACCAACUAUGCAGUUUUAAGAAAGAAUACCCCAAAAAAACACACAAAAAAAUACAAUAUAAAAUAAUACGAAAUAAAAGUAACAAAUAAUUAAAGAGCAGCAGUAAAAAUAACAAUAGCGAGGCUAUAUACAGGGGGUAACGGUACUGAGUCAAUGUGCGGGGGCACCGGUUAGUCGAGGUAAUUUAGGUAAUAUACAAUAUACUGUAUACAGUAGUUACAGACAUAUAGUCAAACGCACUAGAUAUUAAGCCAUGUAUUUUCAUAUUAACUAAUUUUCUCUGUGCCUGAGUCUAAUUAUGUCUCCAAAUAAUCUAUUCCAUUCUGUCCUUUUCAGCACCCAGACUGGUGAAGCUGACUUCCAAGCUGAGCAACGUCGCUGCUGUGGAGGGGAAGGAGGCCAUCUUCAAGUGUAGUGUCACCCCAGCUGACGUCAAAGUAAAAUGGUUCUGCAACAACGUGCCCAUCACUGCUGGGCCCAAAUAUAAGAUUGAGCAUGGGGGCACCAGCCACUCCCUCACCAUCACCUCAGUCAGUCAGGAGGAUGCUCAAGAGAUCAGCAUGGAUGCAGAGGGCAAAACCUGCAGUGCUACCCUCCAAGUGCAACGUAAGAACCAACCUCCAUUCGCUUUAAAGGUGCGCUAUGCAGAAAUAGCUCUGCCAUUUCCUGGUUGCAAAAAUUAUAAUAGUUCGCCUAAUUUCAGUUUAUGUGACAAAACAAGCAACUAUGGUGUACCAGCAUGUUAAAUGUGCAACCAGAGGGAAAAAAAAACUCUAGACCACCUUUACUCCACACACAGAGACUCGUACAAAGCUCUCCCUCGCCCUCCAUUUGGCAAAUUGAGUGCAAUCUUAACAGCUUCUACCCCCAAGCCAUAAGACUCCUGAACAGCUAAUCAUGGCUUCCCAGACCCCCUCUUUUACGCUGCUGCUUCUCUGUUAUUAUCUAUGCAUAGUCACUUUAACUCUACCCACAUGUACAUAUUACCUCAAUUACCUUGACUAACCGGUGCCCAGCACAUUGACUCUGUACCGGUACCCCCUGUAUAUAGCCUCCCUACUGUUAUUUUAUUUUAAUUUUAAUUAUUUGCUAUUUUAAUUUCUUUACUUAUCUAUUUUUUUACUGAACACUUUUUUUUAUUUUCUUAAAACUGCAUUGUUGGUUAAGGGCUUGUAAGUAAGCAUUUCACUGUAAGGUCUACACCUGUUGUAUUCGGCGCAUGUGGCAAAUAAAAUGUGAUUUGAAUCAUUGUACCAUCUAAACCGCUGUGAAAUAUAUUUUCCAUAACCAAAAAUAUUGUAUUUUCAACUGUUUGAAGCUUGUGUACAAAAGACGCAAAAGCAAAACUUAAGAACAAGAAGCAUAGAAAUAGAAUGGAUGUACCGCUUCUUAGACUUGCUUUCAAUGAGAAUGAUAGAUCUAUAAACGCAAAUUUCUAUGUGAAUUUGGUCAGGUGCCCAAAAAGUUAAAUUGCAGCUUUAACACUUAUGUUAUAAAAAUAAGCACAUUUCCCAUCGAUAUACUUAUUUUCUGUAUAAUCCUCUGAUUGUUUUGAUUGAUAUACAAUUACAGCCAUUGUUUACAAAAAUGUAGAAGCCUUCUAAGCAAUUUAGCUUAGAAGGGCUACAGUUUUCAGAAAGGAGUGGUAAUAUCUGUGUUUUCUUUGUGCCCUGACAGUGGAGCCGGUGAUGUUCAAGAAGAAGCUGGAGAAUGUGACAGUGGUGGAGGAUCAGAAGGAGGUGAAGCUGGAAGUAGAGCUGAGUAAGCCCUCAAAAGAGGUCAGGUGGAUGAAGAACAGUGUGGUGCUACAGCCUGGAGGCAACAUGGAGAUCAAGAUGGACGGAGCCAAGCAGACCCUGGUCUUUAAGAGUGUGACUACGGCCGAUCGUGGCUUCUACUCCUGUGAGACCCUGGACGACAAGACCCAGGCCAAACUCGCAGUGGAUGGUAAGUAAGAAUGGUGUCCUAUUUACAGCUGCUGUAGUUUUAUGGUUAUGUACAGUGCCUUCAGAAAGUAUUCACACCCCUUGACUUUUUCCAAAUGUUUGUUGUGUUACAGCCUGAAUUUUAAAUGUAUUACAUUUUGGUCACUGGCCUACACACAAUACCCUAAAUGUCAAACAAUGUUCAUUUUUUUUUUUUUUACAAAUUAAUAAAAAAUGAAAAGCUGGAAUGUCUUGAGUCAAAAAGUAUUCAAUCCCUUUGUUAUGGCAAGCCUAAAUAAGUUCAGGAGUAAAAAUGUGCUUAACAAAUCACAUAAUAAGUUGCAUGGACUACGUCAUCUCUGUACCUCACACAUACAGUACAAUUACCUGUAUGGUCCCUCAGUCAAACAGUGAAUUUCAAACACAGAUUCAACCACAAAGACCAGGGAGGUUCUCCAAUGCUUCACAAAGGGCACCUAUUGGUAGAUGUGUGUGUAAAAAAAAAAUAAACAGACAUUGAAUAUCCAUUUGAGCAUGGUAAAGUUAUUAAUUACACUUUGGAUGGUGUAUCAAUACACCCGGUCACUACAAAGAUACAGCCGUCCUUCCUAACUCAGUUACCGGAGAGGAAGGAAACAGCUCAGGGAUUUCACCAUGAGGUCAGUUAGAGUUUAAUGGCUGUGAUAGGAAAAAACUGAUGAUGGAUCAACAACAUUGUAGUUACUGUACUAAUUGACAGAGUGAAAAGAAGGAAGCCUGUACUGAGUAAAAAUAUUCCAAAAUAUGCAUCCUGUUUGCAACAAGGCACUGUAGUAAUAAUGCAAAAAAUGUGCCAAAGCAAUUGACUUUUUGUCCUGAAUACAAAGAUUUAUGUUUGGGGGAAAUCCAGAACAACAUAUUAUUGAGUACCACUCUCCAUAUUUUCAAGCAUAGUGGUGGCUGCAUCAUAUGCUUGUAAUCGUUAAGGACUGGGGAGUUUUUCAGGAUAAAAAAUCAACGGAAUUGAGCUAAGCACAGGCAAAAUCCUAGAAGACCUGGCUGAGUCUGCUUUCCACCAGACACUGGGAGAUGAAUUCACCUUUCAGCAGGACACAAGGCCUACACUGGAGAUGCUUACCAAGAAGACAGAGAAUGUUCCUGAGUGGCCGAGUUACAGUUUUGACUUAAAUCUGCAUGAUAAUCUAUUGCAAGACCUGAAAAUGGUUGUCUAGCAAUGAUCAUCAACGAAUUUGACAGAGCUUGAAGAAUUUUGAAAAUAAUAAUGGCCAAAUGGGGGGGGGGGAGGGGUCUCUCUAAUGAGGGCCUAAUAAUAAAGGGCCUAAUAAUAAAUACAUAAUAUUUUUUUUAUUACUUUUAAUGUGGCAUGAACACAACCAGUCAUUAAAUUUUCAUCUGAUUGUCAAACAAAUCACUUCAAAAAGUAGACAUGUUCAUCCACUCCAAAACAAUUCCAGCAUAAGGUCAUCCAGUAAAGAAAACUAAUAUUGAUAGAAAGUAAUAAAGCUAAAUAAAUGGUCUACUACUUCUUGCCACGUAUGGCACGGAAAACACCUGUACCCGCACGCACCUCAAAAACAAAGCAAUGAGCGCUCUGAACAGCUGACUGACAAAAGCAAACAUUGAUAUAUCAACGGAUACAGCUAAUGCAUUGGAAUGAAGGUAUAGGCAAUUUUUUAUCAAGGACGCAUGGCAAACAAAUGCGAAAAAUGAUGACGUACAAAGGAAAAUCUAUGCGUAAAGGUGUUCAGCUGAGACCGACAGCGCUGCCACAUAGAAAUAAAUGGUUUAAACCAUGACAGAGAGGUGGGGGUGUUUGUUUAAUUGGAAGAUUUUAUUUUCAUAUUUACCACUGUAAAACAUACUGUAUUUACCACUGCAUUUUAAAGAAAUAGGAUAAUGGUUAAAUUAGCAUUAUUUAGAGACCCCCCCCAACCAUCCCCCCCCCCCCCCCCCCAAAGUCUGACUUUUGUUGCAUUUAGGGGAGCUAACGUCUCAUUCAGGGCUCCCCCAUAAUUCACACCAUGUGUGGAACGCUCUUAGAGACUUACCUAGAAAGACUCACAGCUGUAACCACUGCCAAAUAUGAUUCUAACAUCACCGGACGUGCUACAUUGUCAUGCUGCUGCUCCAGUUUCAACUGUUCUGCCUGCGGCUAUGGAACCCUGACCUGUUCACCGGACGUGCUACCUUGUCCCAGACCUGCUGUUUUCGACCCUCUCUCUCCCUCUCUCUAGCUCUCCCUUCCCCUCUCUCUCCCUCUCUACCGCACCUGCUGUCUCGACCCCUGAAUGCUUGGCUAUGAAAAUCUAACUGACAUUCACUCCUGAGGUGCUGACCUGUUGCACCCGCUACAACCACUGUGAUUAUUGUUUGACCCUGCUGGUCAUCUAUGAACGUUUGAACAUCUUGAAGAACGAUCUGGCCUUAAUGGCCAUGUACUCUUAUAAUCUCCACCCGGCACAGCCAUAAGAGGACUGGUCACCCCUCAGAGCCUGCUUCCUCUCUAGGUUUCUUCCUAGGUUCCUGCCUUUCUAGUUUUUCCUAGCCACCGUGCUUCUACAUCUGCAUUGCUUGCUUUUUGGGGUUUUAGGCUGGGUUUCUGUAAAAGCUCUUUGUGACAUCUGCUGUUGUAAAAAGGGCUUUAUAAAUACAUUUGAUUGAUUAACAUGUAUUGACUCUGGGGGUUGAAUACUUAUCUAAUCAUUAUUAUUAUAUUUUUACAAAUGUUAUAAUUUUUCUUCCACUUUGACAUUACAUAGUAUUUUGUGUAGAUUGUUGACAAUUAAAUCAAUUUUAAUCCCACAACAAAAUGUGGAGAAAGUCAAGGGGCGUGAAUACUUCCUGAUGGCACUGUAUACAGUAAAUAGCCCCUAUUUAGUAUAGUAAGCCACAGACAGUAUUCUCUAAUAAUAAUAAUAUGCCAUUUAGCAUAUAGGUGGUCCCGGGGAUCGAACCCACUACCCUGGCGUUACAAGCACCAUGCUCUACCAAUUGAGCUACAGAGGACCACAGAGGACCUCUAAUAUUACAUGCAGUUUGAUAGAACAGUUGAUCCCCACACAGAUACUCAGACUACUUAUAUCUACAGUUUCAGUGCCAUGAAGAGAUGCACAGGACACUUACUGAUGAUGCUGUAUAAUCUAUAAUGUUAUGCAUAUUCCAACACACCUAAACAUUCCCUCUGUCUGUAUUUCACAGUGAAGAAGAUUGAGGUGGUGAAGGACCUGCUGCCGGAGGUCAAGGCCCAUGAGAAGGAGACAGUGACCCUUGAGGUGGAGCUCAGCCAGGCUGACGUGGAGGGCUCCUGGACCAGGGACAGGGUCAAGUUCAAGGCAGGGUCCAACUGCCGCAUCACAGCCCUGGGAAAGAAACACGCCCUGACACUAUCCCAAAUCAAGAUGGAGGACGCAGGAACUAUUGCCUUCCAAGCAGAGGGGGUCAAAACUUCUGCCAAGCUCAUUGUUACAGGUAGGUUAUAUCCAUUUUCGACGAACAGUAAACCAUUAAUCGAGUUGAGUGCUAACUGAGGUGGCACCUGUUAUUUGAAUGUUGUGCUUAUUGGUGUUGUGGUUCUUAUAGAACCUGCUGCUAUGAUCUCUAAACUCAUGGAGGAUGUCAAAGCCCCAGAGAAGGAGAAGGCUACGCUUGAGUGUGAGGUGUCCAGAGCUAAUGCUGAGGUCAAGUGGUUCAAGGUGAGAAAACAUAUUCCAGUAAAUCAUAGAACUCUAGACGAAUAUCCAGUCAUGAAAAGCGAGAAAGUGUUCAAUGUCAGCAAUUUGCUUUGUCAUAAUUGUGUAUACAAAGUGAAUAAAUCAUUUUUACUAAAAGACCACUGUUCCUUAGGGUGACAUGGAACUAAAACCAGGAAAGAACUUUCGCAUCUACUCCCAGGGCUGCAAACGAAGCCUGCUAAUCCACAAAUGUUCCCAAGAGGAUGAGGGCACAUAUGUCUGCCAAACGUCUGAUGACAACACAUCAGCUAAACUCACUGUUCAUGGUAUGAGUCCCCACAUGUUAUUCAUAUGAUACAAUACACUCUAUAUUAUGCAAUCCAAUGAUACUGAUUGUGUAGUAAAAUCCAUUGAUUUUAUAGGCUUGUCAAUGAUAGUUGUACAGUACUUUGUUGUACAGGUAGUUAAAAAUAGUGCAUGUCUCACUUUAAUAAUAACAGACCUCCUUCUAACCAGAGGGGGGGGGGGGAAUGGGCAAUGCAAAUAGUCCGGGUAGCCAUGAUUAGCUGUUCAGGAGUCUUAUGGCUUGGGGGUAGAAGCUGUUAAGAAGCCUUUUGGACCUAGACUUGGCAUUCCGGUACCGCUUGCCAUGCGGUAGCAGAGAGAAGAGUCUAUGACUAGGGUGACUGGAGUCUUUGACACAUUUAUUUUACUGUAGUCCACAAUCAUCUCCUUUGUCUUGAUUCCAUUGAGAGAGAGGUUGUUUUCCUGGCACUACACGGCCAGGUCUCUGACCUCCUCCCUAUAGGCUGUCUCAUCAUUGUUGGUGAUCAGGCCUACAACUGUUGUGUCGUCGGAAAACUUAAUGAUGGUGUUGGAGUCGUGCCUGGCCUUGCAGUCAUGGGUGAACAGGGAGUACAGGAGGGGACUGAGCACGCACCCCUGAAGGGCCCCCGUGUUGAGGAUCAGGGUGGCAGAUGUGUUGUUACUUACCCUUACCACCUGGUGGCGGCCCGUCAGGAAUUCCAGGAUGUAGUUGCAGAGGUAGGUGUUUAGUCCCAGGGUCCUUAGCUUAGUGAUGAGCUUUGAGGGCACUAUGGUGUUGAAUGCUGAGCUGUAGUCAAUGAAUAGCAUUCUCAUGUAGGUGUUCCUCUUGUUCAGGUGGGAAAGGGCAGUGUGGAGUGCAAUAGAGAUUGCAUCAUCUGUGGAUAUGUUGGGGCGGUAUGCAAAUUGGAGUGGGUCUAGGGUUUCUGGGAUAAUGGUGUUGAUGUGAGCCAUGACCAGCCUUUCAAGGCACUUCAUGGCUACAGAUGUGAGUGCUACGGGUCGGUAGUCAUUUAGGCAGGUUAUCUUAGUGUUCUUGCGCACAGGGACUAUGGUGGUCUGCUUGAAACAUGUUGGUAUUACAGACUCAGUCAGGGACAUGUUGAAAAUGUCAUUGAAGACACUUGCCAGUUGGUCAGCGCAUGCUCGGAGUACACGUCCUGGUAAUCCAUCUGGCCCUGCGGCCUUGUGAAUGUUGACCUGCUUAAAAGUCUUACGGCAUUGAGGCUUUUUCUACAAAUGUGUUAUGAGUUGGAGAACACAUUGACAGGGAUCUUAGACCAUUCCUCCAUAUAGAAUCCUUCCAGAUCCUUGAUAUCCUUAGUCUGUGCUAUUGGACUGCCCUCUUCAAUUCAAACCACUGGUUUUUGUAUGGGUUGCAAAAUGCUAAUAUUCAGUCUCCGGACUUUAAACCCAUUGAAAACCUGUGGUUUUAAUUGAAGAGGGCAGUUCAUAAGCGCAAAAUAAAGAUAUCAAGGAUCUCGAAGGAUUCUGUAUGUAGGAAUGGUCUACAAUCCCUUACAAUUGAGAAAUCAUGUGACUAAACUGAAUACAAAGAAGAAGAAACUAUACUAUGAAACAAAGAUGAAUGAUAGUAAAAAGCUUUGGAACGCCUUAAAUGAAAUUUUGGCCAAAAGGCAAACUCCGCUCCAUCAUUCAUUGAAUCAGAUGCGCUCUUCAUCCAAAACCAUCUGACAUUGCCAAUCCUACUUUAAUGAUUUUUUCAUUGGCAAGAUUAGCAAAAUUUAGGCAUGGCACUCCAGCCAACAAACGCCGACAAACGACAUCCAAGCUAUAACCGACACAAAUUAUGCAAUUCGUUAAAGGAUGUGGCAAGAGGUGAAAAAAUUAUUCUUCUCAAAGACACAGCCCCCGAGCGCUCUGACAACAUUGGAUGGAAAAUUACUGAGAUCAUAGCGGACUUAUUGCCACUCCUAUUGCCAUAUUUCCUAAGCCUCCCCCAGCCUAAGGAUGAACAGCUUACCCAUGAACGCUCCUUUACGCCCUUGUAAGAUUUUGCGAGAUUUAACCAACAUGUACAUAUUACCUCAACUAGCGGUGACCCGCACUUGACUAUGCAACGGUACCCCCCUGUUAUAUAGCCUCCCUACUGUCACUUCAUUCUAUUGUAUAUAUAGCCUCCCUACUGUCACUUUAUUUUUUACUUCUGCUCUUUUUUUUUUCUCAACACUUUUUUGUUGUUGUUUUAUUCUUACUUUUUUUUGUUUAAAAUAAAUGCACUGUUGGUUAAGGGCUGUAAGUAAGCAUUUCACUGUAAUGUCUGCACCUGUUGUAUUCGGCGCAUGUGACCAAUAAAAUUUGAUUUGAUUUGAUUUGAUUUGAUUGGUCACCCCUCAGAGCCUGCUUCCUCUCUAGGUUUCUUCCUAGGUUCCUGCCUUUCUAGUUUUUCCUAGCCACCGUGCUUCUACAUCUGCAUUGCUUGCUUUUUGGGGUUUUAGGCUGGGUUUCUGUAAAAGCUCUUUGUGACAUCUGCUGUUGUAAAAAGGGCUUUAUAAAUACAUUUGAUUGAUUAACAUGUAUUGACUCUGGGUGUUGAAUACUUAUCUAAUCAUUAAUUAUUAUUUUUUUUUACAAAUGUUAUAAUUUUUCUUCCACUUUGACAUUACAUAGUAUUUUGUGUAGAUUGUUGACAAUUAAAUCAAUUUUAAUCCCACAACAAAAUGUGGAAAAAGUCAAGGGGCGUGAAUACUUCCUGAUGGCACUGUAUACAGUAAAUAGCCACUAUUUAGUAUAGUAAGCCACAGACAGUAUUCUCUAAUAAUAAUAAUAUGCCAUUUAGCAUAUAGGUGGUCCCGGGGAUCGAACCCACUACCCUGGCGUUACAAGCGCCAUGCUCUACCAAUUGAGCUACAGAGGACCACAGAGGACCUCUAAUAUUACAUGCAGUUUGAUAGAACAGUUGAUCCCCACACAGAUACUCAGACUACUUAUAUCUACAGUUUCAGUGCCAUGAAGAGAUGCACAGGACACUUACUGAUGAUGCUGUAUAAUCUAUAAUUUUAUGCAUAUUCCAACACACCUAAACAUUCCCUCUGUCUGUAUUUCACAGUGAAGAAGAUUGAGGUGGUGAAGGACCUGCUGCCGGAGGUCAAGGCCCAUGAGAAGGAGACAGUGACCCUUGAGGUGGAACUCAGCCAGGCUGACGUGGAGGGCUCCUGGACCAGGGACAGGGUCAAGUUCAAGGCAGGGUCCAACUGCCGCAUCACAGCCCUGGGAAAGAAACACGCCCUCACACUAUCCCAAAUCAAGAUGGAGGACGCAGGAACGAUUGCCUUCCAAGCAGAGGGGGUCAAAACUUCUGCCAAGCUCAUUGUUACAGGUAGGUUAUAUCCAUUUUCGACGAACAGUAAACCAUUCAUCGAGUUGAGUGCUAACUGAGGUGGCACCUGUUAUUUGAAUGUUGUGCUUAUUGGUGUUGUGGUUCUUAUAGAACCUGCUGCUAUGAUCUCUAAACUCAUGGAGGAUGUCAAAGCCCCAGAGAAGGAGAAGGCUACGCUUGAGUGUGAGGUGUCCAGAGCUAAUGCUGAGGUCAAGUGGUUCAAGGUGAGAAAACAUAUUCCAGUAAAUCAUAGAACUCUAGACGAAUAUCCAGUCAUUGAAAAAAGCGGAAGAAGGAAAGUGUUCAAUGUCAGCAAUUUGCUUUGUUCAUAAUUGUGUGAUACAAAGUGAAUAAUCAUUUUUACUAAAAGGACCACUGUUCCUUAGGGUGACAUGGAAACUAAAACCAGGAAAGAACUUUCGCAUCUACUCCCAGGGCUGCCAACGAAGCCUGGCUAAUCCACCAAAUGUUCCCAAGAGGAUGAGGGCACAUAUGUCUGCCAAACGUCUGAUGACAACACAUCAGCUAAACUCCACUGUUCAUGGUAUGAGUCACCCACAUGUGUAGUCAUAUGAUACAAUACACUCUAUAUUUAUGCAAUCCACUGAUACUGAUUGUGUAGUAAGUAAAAUCCAUUGAUUUUAUAGGGCUUGGUCGAAUGAUAGUUGUACAGUACUUUGUUGUCACAGGUAGUUAAAAAUAGUGCAUUGUCUCACUUUAAUAAUUAACCGACCUCCCUUCUAACCAGAGGGGGGGGGGGGAAUGGGCAAUGCAAAUAUCCGGGUAGCCAUGAUUAGAUGUUCAGGAGUCUUAUGGCUUGGGGGUAGAAGCUGUUAAGAAGCCUUUUGGACCUAGACUUGGCAUUCCGGUACCGCUUGCCGUGCGGUAGCAGAGAGAAGAGUCUAUGACUAGGGUGACUGGAGUCUUUGACACAUUUCUUUUACUGUAUUCCACGAUCAGCUCCUUUGUCUUGAUUCCAUUGAGAGAGAGGUUGUUUUCCUGGCACUACACGGCCAGGUCUCUGACCUCCUCCCUAUAGGCUGUCUCAUCAUUGUUGGUGAUCAGGCCUACAACUGUUGUGUCGUCGGAAAACUUAAUGAUGGUGUUGGAGUCGUGCCUGGCCUUGCAGUCAUGGGUGAACAGGGAGUACAGGAGGGGACUGAGCACGCACCUCUGAAGGGCCCCCGUGUUGAGGAUCAGCGUGGCAGAUGUGUUGUUACUUACCCUUACCACCUGGUGGCGGCCCGUCAGGAAGUCCAGGAUGUAGUUGCAGAGGGAGGUGUUUAGUCCCAGGGUCCUUAGCUUAGUGAUGAGCUUUGAGGGCACUAUGGUGUUGAAUGCUGAGCUGUAGUCAAUGAAUAGCAUUCUCAUGUAGGUGUUCCUCUUGUUCAGGUGGGAAAGGGCAGUGUGGAGUGCAAUAGAGAUUGCAUCAUCUGUGGAUAUGUUGGGGCGGUAUGCAAAUUGGAGUGGGUCUAGGGUUUCUGGGAUAAUGGUGUUGAUGUGAUCCAUGACCAGCCUUUCAAGGCACUUCGUGGCUACAGAUGUGAGUGCUACGGGUUGGUAGUCAUUUAGGAAGGUUAUCUUAGUGUUCUUGCGCACAGGGACUAUGGUGGUCUGCUUGAAACAUGUUGGUAUUACAGACUCAGUCAGGGACAUGUUGAAAAUGUCAUUGAAGACACUUGCCAGUUGGUCAGCGCAUGCUCGGAGUACACGUCCUGGUAAUCCAUCUGGCCCUGCGGCCUUGUGAAUGUUGACCUGCUUAAAAGUCUUACGGCAUUGAGGCUUUUUCUACAAAUGUGUUAUGAGUUGGAGAACACAUUGACAGGGAUCUUAGACCAUUCCUCCAUAUAGAAUCCUUCCAGAUCCUUGAUAUCCUUAGUCUGCGCUAUUGGACUGCCCUCUUCAAUUCAAACCACAGGUUUUUGUAUGGGUUGCAAAAUGCUAAUAUUCAGUCUCCGGACUUUAAACCCAUUGAAAACCUGUGGUUUUAAUUGAAGAGGGCAGUUCAUAAGCGCAAAAUAAAGAUAUCAAGGAUCUCGAAGGAUUCUGUAUGUAGGAAUGGUCUACAAUCCAUUACAAUUGAGAAAUCAUGUGACUAAACUGAAUACAAAGAAGAAGAAACUAUACUAUGAAACAAAGAUGAAUGAUAGUAAAAAGCUUUGGAACGCCUUAAAUGAAAUGUUGGCCAAAAGGCAAACUCCGCUCCAUCAUUCAUUGAAUCAGAUGGCUCAUUCAUCACAAAACCAUCUGACAUUGCCAAUUACUUUAAUUAUUUUUUUAUUGGCAAGAUUAGCAAACUUAGGCAUGGCAUGCCAGCAACAAACGCCUGACACUACACAUCCAAGUAUAACUGACCAAAUUAUGAAUUCUGUAAAAGUGAGUGUGGAAGAGGUGAAAAAAUUAUUGUCUAUCAACAAUGACAAGCCACCGAGGUCUGACAACUUGGAUGGAAAAUUACUGAGGAUCAUAGCGGACGUUAUUGCCACUCCUAUUUGCCAUAUCUUCAAUCUAAGCCUACUAGAAAGUGUGUGCCCUCAGGCCUGGAGGGAUGCAAAAGUCAUUCCGCUACCCAAGAAUAGCGACCAAUCAGCCUGUUACCAACCCUUAGUAAGCUUUUGGAAAAAAUGGUGUUUGACCAGAUACAAUGCUAUUUUACAGUAAACAAAUUGACAACAUACUUUCAGCACGCUUAUAGGGAAGGACGUCCAACAAGCACAGCACUUACACAAUUAACAAAUUACUGAUGAUUGGUUGAGAGAAAUUGGUGAUAAAAUGAUUGUGGGAGGUGUUUUGUUAGACUUCAGUGCAGCUUUUGACAUUAUCGAUCAUAGCCUGCUGCUGGAAAAACGUAUGUGUUAUGGAUUUACAUCCCCUGCUAUAUUGUGGAUAAAGAGUUACCUGUCUAACAGAACACAGAGGGUGUUCUUUAAUGGAAGCCUCUCCAACAUAAUCCAGGUAGAAUCAGGAAUUCCCCAGGGCAGCUGUCUAGGCCCCUUACUUUUUUCAAUUUUUAUUAUGCGGAUGACUCAACACUAUACACGUCAGCUACUACAGCGACUGAAAUUACAGCUGCAGUUAGUUUCAGAAUGGGUGGCAAGGAAUAAGUAUGGAAUAAAUAUUUCAAAAACUAAAAGCAUUGUAUUUGGGACAAAUCAUUCACUAAACCCUAAAACUCAACUAAAUCUUGUAAUGAAUAAUGUGGAAAUUGAGCAAGGUGAGGUGACUAAACUGCUUGGAGUAACCCUGGAUUGUAAACUGUCAUGGUCAAAACAUAUUGGUACAACAAUAGCUAAGAUGGGGAGAAGUCUGUCCAUAAUAAAGCGCUGCUCUGCCUUCUUAACAACACUAUCAACAAGGCAGGUCCUAUAGGCCAUAGUUUUGUCGCACCUGGACUACUGUUCAGUUGUGUGGUCAGGUGCCACAAAGAGGGACAGGAAAAUUACAAUUGGCUCAGAACAAGGCAGCACGGCUGGCCCUAAGAUGUACAUGGAGAGCUAACAUUAAUAAUAUGCAUAUCAAUCUCUCAUGGCUCAAAGUGGAGGAGAGAUUAACUUUGUCUCUACUUGUUUUUGUAAUAAGUGUUGACAAGCUGAUUGCACCGAGCUAUCUGUUUAAACUACUAGCACACAGCUCGGACACCCAUGUAUACCCCACAAGACAUGUCAACAGAGAUCUCUUCACAAUCCUCAAGUCCAGAACAGACUAUGGGAGGCACAUAGUACUACAUAGAACUCUAUUCCACAUCAGGUAACUGAUGCAAGCAGUAGUAUCAGAUUAAAAAACAGAUACAAAUACACCUUAUGGAACAGCGGAAACUGUGAAGAGACACACACAGGUACAGACACACGCAUACGCACACACAAGCUAGCACACUCACUCUACACACACGUACAUUGUAAUAUUGGUGUAUGGUGGUAUUUUACAUUUUGUAUUGUAGAUAUUUAGUGGUGAAAUAAUGUUAUAUGAUGUAUUGUUUUAUCUUUUGUUUGAUGUGUGAUGUAAGUACCUUAAUGUGUUUGGACAGCAGCUAAUGGGGAUCCCUAAUAAAUACAAAUACAAUGUGUUCUUCAACUCAUAAAAAGGCUCAGUGCUGUUAUCCUUGCAAGGUGAGGUAUUGAAAGGAAUUGAAAACAGGGAUGUCAAUAAUUUUGACCCCUACAUUUUUGCGAAAACAAAUAUUUUACUUGUUAAACAAAAUCUCUUUGUCUGAGUAAUUGUAUUAGUAUAAAAUAAUAUAAUCUCCCAAUUUUCUUCAGCCUACAAUAUAGCGCAUUAUUUGAAUUAUUUAUUUUAUACAGUCAUUUCUGCUCAUCUUUAACAAGGGUGUCAAUCAUUUCAGACCCCACUGUACAUAGCUAUAAAUCAAUGUAAAAGAACAGGCCAUAUUCCAUUCAGCAUUAGAUGUGUUGAAGACUUUCUAAUGUCUCUUUUUAUUGUCUCUUGUGCUUCUCGCUCCACAGCCCGAGACAUUAAGAUAGUGAAGAAGCUUGAGGACGUGGAGGUGAUGGAGAAGGAGAGCGCUUCGUUCUUCUGUGAGAUCUCUCAUGAUGAAGUGGACUGCCAGUGGUUCAAAGGCGACACCAAACUCAAAGUCGGUGACAACAUCAAGAUGAGACAAGAGGGUGAGGAGAAUACACACAUUUGCCAUACUUUCCAAAUAUAUGUUUAAAUGUCAAUUUUAGUAAUACACAGGUUUUGAAUUAUUAUCAAUGAUCAAUUAGGGCUAAUUUACUAUUUCAUUGUUUUAACAUUCAGUACUGUUCUUAUAAGUUGCCUUCUUUCAAUUAAAGGUAAAAUCUAUGUGCUGCUGUUUAAGUCGGUGACACUAGAAGACAUGGCUGAGAUUAAAUUCACAGCUGAAAAGGCCUCUUCAACAGCCAAACUGACAGUGAAAGGUAAAGAAACAAGUCUAUUUCCAGCAUGCAUUCCCUAUAGCAUGGUAUUUACGGCACGAUAUGCUAUGCACCAUAGGAUAGAAUAACAUGUUCAGGUCAGCACAUCACAAUAUACUGUACAUAACAAAUUCAAAGAAUUAACUAGCACUCAUUAAACAUGCCAAUGGUGAAUGCAGUUCUAUAUCCAUAACUCCAAUCUGAAAAAGAUGAUGUCAACUGAUCCAGUUAGUCAAUUGCUCAGGCAGUCAGUCAGUCUGUCCUCUGUGUUGUUUUCCUGAGGUUUAUUUUGGUUCAGCAGCCAAACGUCUGUGGGGAUGAUACUGCAUUGGCCUCUUUUAGACUGGAAUUUUUGUCUUUUGAAUCCCUGGCCAGAAGGCUACAUCCUUAACAAUUUGUAGAGGUUUCUCCGGGAAUCCAUGGUGCUGUCUUUCUUUGACGUACGGCUGCUUAACAUCCUCUGGAAACCUGAACCACAGAACCCAGAUCCUAGGGUGACCUGACCACCCUCGGGAGCUUGCUCUCGUGUUGUUUAUGGCGAUCCCUCUGUACCAGGCCAGGAAUAAGAAGGUCAUGCAGUGGCUAUCCGAGCCCCUCAGGAUGUUGGAGUUGAUGGAAGACAGCACAUGAGAAAUCACUGUUCCUUGGGGGAGCCUGUGGAUGUGAAUUGCACAGGGAGAUGUGGAGUUGUUUUCUUUGGCGUGCUGACCCCUGUUGAGUACUUUCUGUUCCCUGUAGACUGUUAGUUUAGUGCUGUUUACUGCUUUGAUGUAUGAUAGUGUUUUGAUAUGCUUCUGUGGUACUGCUAAGUAUGGCUUCCUUGUAUUGAUAUGGUUGUUAUUGUUACUGUAGAGCUCCCUGUCCAGUUUGUGAAGAAGCUCAGGGAUAAGUUAGCCUUGCAUACACACCGUGGGUUCUUGGAAUGCCAAGUGUCCCGGGCCAGCGCCAAGGUCAAGUGGUACAAGAACAAGAAGGAGAUCAAGCCCAGCAAGAAGCACGAGAUCAGCAGUGAGGGUAUAUACUGCAAACUCACCAUAAACGACGUGUGCUCGGACGAUGAGGAUACUUACAUCUGUGACGCCAUCGAUGACAAGACAUCCUGUAAACUUCUUGUGGAAGGUAACAGGAGGAAAACCAGGACAUUGUCUAUUGUAAACAUGUAAGAAUUUUCUAUGAAGUGUAUUUUUAUAAAGUAUGAUGUGGCUUUAUAAAAAUACACUUACGAAUCUCUUUUAGCACGUAUCAAUACUUCAGGACACAGGACUACAAGUCAAUGAGUGAAUGGAAAUCGCACUCUUAACAGAUCCCUAAAGUGUAAUUAAGAGUGAUUUUACCUUAAGUAUGACCUAAACCCUCUGUAUCCGUGGUCCCUCUAGAGCAGGUCAUCAGCAUCGUACGAGAGCUAAGUGCCGUGGAAGUGACCGAGCCCUUCGCCGCCUUCUUCGAGGUGGAGAUCAACAUCGACUCAGUCAAGCCCCCCAAGUGGACUCUGAAUGGUGUGGCCGUGCAGGAGAGCGAUGACGUGGAGAUGGAGAAGGAGGGCACCAUGCACCGCCUCACCUUCAAGAAGACCAAGGCCUCCAUGACGGGACCUGUCCAGUUCAUGGCUGGCAAGAGCAAGUCUGUGGCCCAGCUCACUGUCAAAGGUCAGAGGCUUCUCCAUACACAGAGCAUGGAACCAAAUGGUUAUGUCAGACUACCAUGUUCUCAGUGGGUAUAGCUGGUUGAAAUGACGUUAUUACAACCAGAUUAAACCCAGAAGUGGGUUAGGAGCAUGCUAUAUGACUUGCCUAUGAUCAGAGCUGUUUGUUCUUCUUAUUCUCUCAACUACAGAGCGCCCUCUUGAGGUGGUAGAGACCAUUAAAGAUAUGACAGCCAAGGAGAAGGGCUCAGCCACUCUGAGCUGCAAGUUCUCCGCCACACCCAAAGAGGUGAGCUGGUUCAAAGGCCAAACCCUCCUGGCUGCUUCAGACAAGUACAACCUGAAACAGGACGCUGUGCGGGCUCAGCUGACCAUCCAGAAGCUGACUGGGGAAGACACUGGGGAGUACCGCUGUCAGUCGGCUGCUGCCGAGACCAAAGCCACUCUCACUGUAGAGGGUACGUUUUGUAUCGCUUUUUGGUGUUGAUUUGACUUCAAUGCUGAUUCCUUUGCUGAGCAUUGAUGGUUCAAAUGAGAUGUGUGCUGUGGGUUAUUGCAGUUCGGAAAGUGGAGAUCACCAAACACCUGGUGGACGCAGAGGUGGAUGAGGACAGUGAUGCAGUGUUCACCUGUGAGAUCAACUACACUGAUGAGGAGGUGCAAUGGCUGCUCAAUGAAAAAACACUCUUCUCCAACGAGGUCAACACCAUCACACACAUGGGCAAAGUGCACACGCUCACACUCAAGAACCUGGCACCUGAGGAUGGGGGCACCAUCACCUUCAAGGUCAGGGAAAUCAAGGAGGCUGUGACCCUAAAAGUCAAAGGUAAGGACUCAUGAGCUAAUUUGGUCCAAGUGAAAAUACUGUAGUGUAGAAGUGGGACUAAAGAAUAUGUUAUACAUCUUUGACUGGUGGUUGUGCUCUCCAUUUGCAUUCCUCCAGAGAAGCGUGCAGUGUUCCUCAAGUCUCUGGAUGACGUGGUGGGAGAGGUGAAAGGUAUGAUCACCCUGGCGUGUGAGGCCUCCAAGCCCAGGGUCUCCCCCACCUGGAGGAAAGAUGGUACGAUGCUGACCACUGGGUCUAAGUAUGAGGUCCUGCACACAGGCAAGUCCCUGGGUCUGAUCAUCAAGGAUGUUAACAAGGAAGAUGCAGGGGAGUACAGCUGCGACCUGGGAACUGAGCUUUCCAAGUCAAAGGUCACUGUGAGAGGUGUGUAUGAUGAAGCUGCAUAACUUGCAAACAAAUGAGUAUAGUGUGCUGAAGCCUCUACAGCAAUUGUGUCAUCACGUCUUUGAAACAAAAACUCCUCUCUCCACCCUUUAUGUAGACCUAAGCAUAGGUAUCACCAAGCAGUUGAAGUCCAUGGAGGCGAUGGAGGGAGAGACAUGUAGCUUUCAGUGUAUUCUGUCACGGGAAAGCACUGACGAGUGUUCCUGGACCUUGAAUGGCCAGACCGUGGCUAACGGAGGACGCUUCCAGGUCUCCAGUACAGGUCGCAAGUACAUGCUGGUUAUCAAGGAUGUGACGCCAGCCGAUGCUGGUGAGGUGGUCUUCAGCAUCAAGAACCUGAUCUCCAAGACUACCUUAGCUGUUGAAGGUCAGACGUCUGUACCAGUUGAGGUUCUUACAUCAAUCUGCAUGGGUUUUAGCGUUCAUAGUUUUGAGACUUUAUUCAACUGAUCCCUGAGGUUAUCGCAAAGUUGGGUAUGUAGACCAUUGGGAGAAAAUUAACACAUUUCUUAGUUUGUUUGUUGCUGUAAUUGAAAGGAAAUUGAGCCAGGAAAUUGAGGAACUAUAAUUGUCCUUUGUUCCAGGCAAAGCCCAAUCUGUAUCACGGGAGCUGCAGAGCAUUAGUGUAGUCUCAGGGGAGGAUGCUGUGUUCACCUGUGAGGUCACACAGACCAGGGCCAACGUCCAGUGGGCCAAGGAUGGGAAGGACAUCAGGAAGAGUGAGAAGUAUGAGAUCAGUAAAGAGGAGAGGGUCAUAAAGUUGACCAUCCACAGUGUCACUGUUCAGGACUCUGGGGAAUAUAGUUGUGAGGUCAUCGGAGGGGCCACUACCAAGGCCAAGCUGGAGAUCAAAGGUAAGUCUGACAAGUUCCCUUCACAGACACCUUCAAUUGUUUAACGGUUGUUGAUUAUUGGAUAUUCAGGUAUCAUUGACCAUGAACUACCACUUUUCAACUGUGACUGCUUUUUAAUGUUAAAUAACAAAAAAUGCUUCCUCUCCUACCUCAAUGGUCUCUGCUGUGCUCCUACCUGAAUGUCCCUUUCCUCAGAGCCAGUCCACAAGUUUAUCAAGGAGUUGAAGGACAGCGAGGCGGAGGAGAAGGGCUCAGUGACCCUGCAGUGUGAGACAGCCCAGCCUGCCUCCAAGCCCACCUGGUCCAAGGGAGGCGUAGAGCUCAAGGCCGGGGGACGCUACGAGAUGAGCCAGAAGGAGACCGUCCUCACCCUCACUAUCAAACAGCUGGAGGAGAAAGACAGCGGCACUUACACCUGUGAUGUGGGCACCGCCAAGAUGACGGGGAAGGUGACAGUCAAAGGUAAGACUAUGGUCUAUAUACAGUAUAGAUCUUUUUUUUAUAUAGUGCUUUCAAUUACUAUGAGAUCACCAAACAAUUUAUAGUGAAUUGAUAUGACCUUUGACUGAAAUUAUUGUAUGGUUUUGCACAUUCAUACUGUAUGUUAAUAACAUUUUUUAUGUAGUAAUUACAGACACUGUAAAUUAAAGAUUUGCUGACCUGCUGACUGCUGUGCAUAGCAGGGCACAGAGCUUUGAAUUUAUGUUGAGAAUUUAGAUGCUUCUUCAAAUGUCUUGUGAGCGAUUUGGUUGCCUCUGACAACUUUUAAUGAUCGCUAUUUGAAUAAUACUAGGGGUUAUAUGAGCCAUAAUUUGUUUGUGGUCUCUUGGAGCUGACAUUGUAACAUCUAAGAUUGACUCUCCUGCUUGUCUUCUUGAACAGACAACAUUCAUACGAUGCAACUUAACUGAGCAUUAUUCAUGUCCCUUUGUUUUGCCUUACUAUAUGCUAAAUGUUUUAACAUUUGGGAGAUCAUUCCUUCCUACUGUCUAAUCCCAUUCUGGUUGUUGGACAAGACACACAUUAUGCUCAGAACAGCAUGUGCCCUUGUCUGUGCUUCCCGUCAUUGUCUAAGAUGUGUUUCAUCCAGGUCAGACAGUGUUCAUAGUGGAGCCACCCCAGGACGUUGACUGUUUCAAGGGGGACUCUGACAUGUUUAGGUGCCUUGUCAGCCCCCUGGACCUGCCCUAUCUGGUGCAGUGGUGCCUAGACCAAAUCCCUCUGCAGCCCAGCCCCCUCAAUGAGAUCCAGGUAUCUGAGGGGGGAAUCUUCUCAUUCACCGUGAGGGAGCUGACACUUAUGGACUCAGGCACCGUCUAUGUGGUGAUUGGGGAUAAGAGCGCAUACACUUCACUAAUGGUCAAAGGUAACUCCCAUGGCAGGAGCCAUGGUUCGAAUUAUAUGGGGGCUAGAGGGAUCUGGGCACCCUCAUAACAAUCCUGGGUCCCCCUGUCCUAUCUAGAUCUAUGGCAGAUCUAUAGCUGUAGUAGAUACAAGAGAUGGAAGUGCAUCACUGCAUUUUCCCUCUUCUUUAGUUUCUCUGAAAUUGAAAUGAUACUUGCUUGACUUUUAACGUUCAUCUAGACUCGUCGUUGCAGUGUGCAUUGUAAAUGCACAAUUUAUGCAAUAUCAUUAGUGACACCCCCCAGGUGGUGUCCUCGAUACCUGUGGCACCAUUCAUACCAUCAGAUCGCAGUCAACCAUUCCGUAAUGGUCUUUGUUGGUCUUGUUCAUCAUUCUCUCAUCUUUGGGUCCUCAGAGUCAAGAGAGAAAGAUUCGAUUAUUGAAGGAUGGAUACUUCAUGUACAGCGGCAUCCCUGAUUCUUAGGUGUCCAGUUUAUUAGCAGAUUUCAUCUAUAUUUUUCGUAGCCAGACUAUUAUUCAUAUUCGUAUUACGGACUACAAAGGGAAACCCAGCCGCGAGCUGCCCAGUGACGCAAGUCUACCAGACAGGCUAAAUGCCUUUUAUGCUUGGUUCGAGACAAGCAACACUGAAGCAUGCAUGAGAGCACCAGCUGUUCCGGACGACUGUGGGAUCAGGCUCGCCGUAGCCGAUGUGAGUAAGACCUUUAAACAGGUCAACAUUCACACGGCUGCGGGGCCAGACGGAUUACCAGGACGUGUACUCAGAGCAUGCGCGGACCAACUGGCAAGUGUCUUCACUGACAUUUUCAACCUCUCCCUGACCGAGUCUGUAAUACCUACAUGUUUCAAGCAAACUACCAUAGUCCCUGUGUCCAAGAAAGCGAAGGUAACCUGCCUAAAUGAAUACCGCCCCGUAGCACUCACAUCUGUAGCCAUGAAUUGCUUUGAAAGGCUGGUCAUGGCUCAUAUCAACACCAUCAUCCCGGAAACCCUAGACCCAAUCCAAUUCGCAUACCACCCCAACAGAUCCACAGAUUACGCAUUCUCAAUCGCACUCCACACUGCCCUUUCCCAUGUGGACAAAAGGAACACCUAUGUGAGAAUGCUGUUCAUUGACUACAGCUUAGCGUUCAACACCAUAGUGCCCACAAAGCUCAUCACUAAGCUAAGGACCCUGGGACUAAACACCUCCCUCUGCAACUGGAUCCUGGACUUCCUGACGGGCCGCCCCCAGGUGGUAAGGGUAGGCAACAACACAUAUGCCAUGCUGAUCCUAAACAUGGGGGCCCUUCAGAGGUGCGUGCUUAGUCCCCUCCUGUACUCCCUGUUCACCCAUGACUGCAUGGCCAAGCACGACUCCAACACCAUCAUUAAGUUUGCUGACGACACAACGCUGGUAGGCCUGAUCACCGACAACGAUGAGACAGCCUAUAGGGAGGAGGUCCUUGACCUGGCAAUGUGGUGCCAGGAAAACAACCUCUCCCUCAACGUGAGCAAGACAAAGGAGCUGAUCGUGGACUACAGGAAAAGGAGGGCUGAACACUCCCCCAUUCACAUCGACCAGGCUGUAGUGGAGCGGGUCGAGAGUUUCAAGUUCCUUGGUGUCCACAUCACCAACAAACUAUCAUGGUCCAAACACACCCAAGGAAGUCUUGAAGAGGGCAAGACAAUGCCUUUUCCCCCUCAGGAGACUGAAAAGAUUUGGCAUGGGUCCCCAGAUCCUCAAAAAGUUAUACAGCUGCACCAUCAAUGAGUAUGCUUCUAUUGUGUCCUGGAAAAUAAACUAAGAAAUGAUUCCUAUCUGAAAACUAUUCUGAAUAUUGUUCAUGUGUAGAUGGGUACCUGAAUGCAAAGCCAUUGUUGCAUAAGUGCUGCCAAAAGCUCAACAAAUGCCUCUCUCUGUAUGCUGCUUAUCCUUUGUGCACUGGAAGGAUUUCAUUUUGUUUUGUGGUGGUGUUCAGCUGUGAAGACCAUGUUUAUUUCUGUACUGGUUUGAUUACUAUCUUCAUUUAACAAGUCAUCUGUUUCAUUGACCCACCCAAUCAUUGGAAUCAUCUUUCAUGCUGUUCCAAAGGACAGCAUGAAAGCAUCUGGAUCACUAUCAUCGUCCAUUACCCAUUGUUCUCCACCAUUUUGCUGCUUUUCCACUUCCAUCACAACUGAAGAUUUCAAAGAGAAUGUUUUGACUGAUUGUUAAUGAAUUUGGGCCUGUUCUUAUUUUUCUAGCCUUGCCUGCCAGCUUUAAACAAAAGCUGAUGAACCAGCAGGCCAAGGAAGGGGAGAGUAUCACUCUCUGUUCUGUGUUAUCCAAACCUGGGGCCAAGGUUCAGUGGAAGAAAGGCACUGAGAAUCUCAAAGCUGGAGAUAAAUAUGAGAUAAAGCAAAAAGAUGCCUCCUGCGAGCUUCAGAUAAAACAUCUGAAGGUUGAAGACAGUGGAGAGUACUCCUGUGAGUGUGGAGACCAGAAGACCACAGCGACUAUAAACAUCAAUGGUAUGGAUACAUAGUCUUGGUCAAUGGGAAUGUUGGGAAGUUUGUGUUUACAGGGGCUCAGUCACUCAAAUUGAUAUAUGUAAUGUCAUGUGUUGGUAGAAAACAUGUUUUUAGUUAUUGUAAAUACAAUAUAAUUGCAUAUUUAAUCCAAUGGUUUGUUAGCGUUACCUUUGACCUUCAAACACAAGCUGGAGAACCAGGAGGCUAAGGAGGGUGGCAGUGUUACCCUGCACUGUGAGCUUUCUAAACCUGGGGUCCCUGUGGAAUGGAGGAAGGGAACACAGGUGCUGAAGUCUGGAGAAAAGUACCAUAUGAAACAGAAAGAAUCUGUGAGUGAACUCCUGAUCAGCAAAGUAGUACCAGAGGACAGUGGAGACUACAGCUGUAUGUGUGGAGACUUGAAGACUACAGCCAGUCUCAAGAUUAAGGGUAAGAGGCAGAUUGUUGUCAUUGAAUAGCUACUGUAUGUUCCGCUGAAGUUGUUCUGUACUGUCUUUUUCAGUGCCAUUAUCAAGUUUCAAGUGUGAUUCAGUAGAUUAUUUUUAAGAAGGUGGUUUGGUAUAAUGGCUUUGAUUGUGUUGAAUAGGUAUAGUUGUCAUCUUGGCUUUGUUUAAUUUUGUAUGUUUUUGUGAUUCAGUGUCAGCAGCAGGUUCUGCAUUGCCUGAAAAUCCAGUGUUUAAGCUUAGAAGUAUUCCCAGCCAUUUGUCUAUGACUGUCUCUGUGUGUUAUCUGUCUCCGUCCAGUUGAUCUUUGUGUCUUUGUAGUCUGUGUGUUUUCAUUGUUUUGAUCAUGUUGUUAGUCUUUGUUAGUGAUCAUUCUGUCUCUGUUUCUGUGUUUGGGUUCAUUAUUUAAGUACCUGUUUUUUAAACUGUGCCAUUCUCAUGGUUUUAGAGGAUGCACUCAUGUCUGAUUGCCUCAUAUGAUUGGUUAGGCCUAUUGUUUUUUAAUGUAUUUUAUAUGGUUUAUUUUGAAUCCCCAGCCCAACCUGUUACAUUCAAACAAAAGCUGGGGAACCAGGAGGCUGAAGAGGGGGGCAGUGUUACCCUGCACUGUGAGCUCUCUAAACCUGGGGUCCCUGUGGAAUGGAGGAAGGGAACACAGCUGCUGAAGUCUGGAGAAAAAUACCAGAUUAAGCAGAAAGAAUCUGUGAGUGAACUCCUGAUCAGCAAAGUAGUACCAGAGGACAGUGGAGACUACAGCUGUAUGUGUGGAGACCAGAAGACUACAGCCAGUCUCAAGAUUAAGGGUAGGGUGACACUUCUUGUUACUGUAUGCACAAAAAUGUUGUUUACUUUUUUUUGAGUCAUUAUCAUUAUUGGCAUAUGCAUAUUAUUAGAAUUUUAGGAAUCAAUAUUGUUUUCCUCAGAAAUAUGAUUUUGUCUUAUUUGUCUUUGUACUGUAUGUUCCUACAUAUGGUCUGUCUCUGUCUGUGUUUUGUCUCUAUUUCAGUUCAGUUUUGUCUUUGCGUGUGGUCUGUCUCUGUCUUCAAUUUGUCCAUCUGUGUGUGUCUUUCUGUUGAUCUAACUCUGUUUGAUCUGUUUUGUCAAAUGUUUUGGACUGCACAAUUGCUCCUGAGUACGGUCAUAUAUUGGCAGAACAGGAAAUAUCCAGCUUUACAUAUUGCCUACAUGUCUCAGAGUUUUGUUCAUUUUGGUCACUUUGUCUCUGUGUUUGGAUUACCUGAGCUUUGAACCAUGUCAUUAGCUAGGUUUCCAUCCAACUGCCGACAGAUUUUCAUGCAAAUAUAAAACAAUCUGCAUGAAGAAAAUAUGCACAUUUUCCUACCAGUGGUGUAUUUCCACCAAACGGACUUGUUGCGGAUAAAAGUUAGUGCGUGAUGACAUAGUGCACACAAAAGUAACUUUUUCGCUUAAGUUUUCAUAUACCGAAUAAAAAUCGAAAGUUCAAUGUGUUUCCAUAGCAUUUUUAACUCUACCGACAGUUUUGUCGCAAAAACUGUUGCGUUAAAUAGCAAAUGUGCCUGCUCUGGUCUUGGUACGUGCGCUCUAGCAACAGCUGGCAGAUACAGUGCGGGUAGGCUAGUCUACUUGUUGAGAUUAUUAUUGAUAAGGGCGAGAAUAUUUUUAUUUGUCAAAUGGCAUCGAUCAUCAUCUCACCAGAAUAAGACCCUCAAUAUUUAUUGGAAAGGAGCAUCAAGAUCACCAUGCACUUUUACCACCCUUUGAAGUUCAUCAUAAAUUAUUUCGUCUGUAGCCUAAUAAACGGCAUAGUUUCCUGAGUCAAAGAGGAAGGACCACACACCAUUUCAUCGCUUGACUCCAAGUUUACUUCGCUAUGAUGGUUAUUAUAUCAAUUUUUGCGCAAAUAGGCGUUUCCACCACCAUUUCUCACAUAAUUCAUUUUACUGACACAAAAUGAUCCCACCAUGUCGAAAGAACAAAUUAUGUGGUCCUCUGUAGCUCAGCUGGUAGAGCACGGCGCUUGUAACGCCAAGGUAGUGGGUUCGAUCCCCGGGACCACCCAUACACAAAAAACAUUUAAGCACGCAUGACUGUAAGUCGCUUUGGAUAAAAGCGUCUGCUAAAUGGCAUAUUAUUAUUAUGUUGGCAUUUAUAAAAUUGUACAAAAAAUAGCUGUUUCCAUCACAGCUGUUGUGAUUUUAGAAGUUGGUUUAGAAGUUGCACUCAUGUCAAAUUAUUUUUCUGUUUUAUAUCAAAAUAUAUGGUAAUGUUUUAAUCCUCAGCCCAACCAGUGACGUUCAAACACAAGCUGGAGAGCCAGGAGGCUAAGGAGGGGGGCAGUGUUACCCUGCACUGUGAGCUUUCUAAACCUGGGGUCCCUGUGGAAUGGAGGAAGGGAACACAGGUGCUGAAGUCUGGAGAAAAGUACCAGAUGAAACAGAAAGAAUCUGUGAGUGAACUCCUGAUCAGCAAAGUAGUACCAGAGGACAGUGGAGACUACAGCUGUAUGUGUGGAGACCAGAAGACUACAGCCAGUCUCAAUAUUAAGGGUAAGAGGCAGAUUGUUGUCAUUGAAUAGCUACUGUAUGUUCCGCUGAAGUUGUUCUGUACUGUCUUUUUCACUGCCGUUAUCAAGUUUGAAGUGUGAUUCAGUAGAUUAUUUUUAAGAAGUUGGUUUGGUAUAACGGCUUUGAUUGUGUUGAGUAGGUGUAGUUGUCAUCUUGGCUUUGUUUAAUUUUGUAUGUUUUUAUGAUCCAGUGCUUAAGUUUAGAAGUAUUCCCAGCCAUUUGUCUAUGACUGUCUCUGUUUGUUAUCUGUCUCCGUCCAGUUGAUCUUUGUGUCUUUGUAGUCUGUGUGUUUUUAUUGUGUUGAUCAUGUUGUUAGUCUUUGUUAGUGAUCAUUCUGUCUCUGUUUCUGUGUUUGGGUUCAUUAUUUAAGUACCUGUUUUUUAAACUGUGCCAUUCUCAUGGUUUUAGAGGAUGCACUCAUGUCUGAUUGCCUCAUAUGAUUGGUUAGGCCUAUUGUUUUUUAAUGUAUUUUAUAUGGUUUAUUUUGAAUCCCCAGCCCAACCUGUUACAUUCAAACAAAAGCUGGGGAACCAGGAGGCUGAAGAGGGGGGCAGUGUUACCCUGCACUGUGAGCUCUCUAAACCUGGGGUCCCUGUGGAAUGGAGGAAGGGAACACAGGUGCUGAAGUCUGGAGAAAAAUACCAGAUUAAGCAGAAAGAAUCUGUGAGUGAACUCCUGAUCAGCAAAGUAGUACCAGAGGACAGUGGAGACUACAGCUGUAUGUGUGGAGACCAGAAGACUACAGCCAGUCUCAAGAUUAAGGGUAGGGUGACACUUGUUGUUACUGUAUGCACAAAAAUGUUGUUUAACACUUUCUUUUGAGUCAUUAUCAUUAUUGGCAUAUGCAUAUUAUUAUAAUUUUAGGAAUCAAUAUUGUUUUCCUCAGAAAUAUGAUUUUGUCUUAUUUGUCUUUGUGCUGUAUGUUCCUACAUAUGAUCUGUCUCUGUCUGUGUUUUGUCUCUAUUUCAGUUCAGUUUUGUCUUUGCGUGUGGUCUGUCUCUGUCUUCAAUUUGUCCAUCUGUGUGUGUCUUUCUGUUGAUCCAACUCUUUUUGAUCUGUUUUGUCAAAUGUUUUGGACUGCACAAUUGCUCCUGAGUACGGUCAUAUAUUGGCAGAACAGGAAAUAUCCAGCUUUACAUAUUGCCUACAUGUCUCAGAGUUUUGUUCAUUUUGGUCACUUUGUCUCUGUGUUUGGAUUACCUGAGCUUUGAACCAUGUCAUUAGCUAGGUUUCCAUCCAACUGCCGACAGAUUUUCAUGCAAAUAUAAAACAAUCUGCAUAAAGAAAAUAUGCACAUUUUCCUACCAGUGGUGUAUUUCCACCAAACGGACUUGUUGCGGAUAAAAGUUAGUGCGUGAUGACAUAGUGCACACAAAAGUAACUUUUUCGCUUAAGUUUUCAUAUACCGAAUAAAAAUCGAAAGUUCAAUGUGUUUCCAUAGCAUUUUUAACUCUACCGACAGUUUUGUCGCAAAAACUGUUGCGUUAAAUAGCAAAUGUGCUUACUCUGGUCUUGGUACGUGCGCUCUAGCAACAGCUCGCAGAUACAGUGUGGGUAGGCUAGUCUACUCUUUGAGAUUAUUAUUGAUAAGAGCGAGAAUAUUUUUAUUUGUCAAAUGGCAUCGAUCAUCAUCUCACCAGAAUAAGACCCUCAAUAUUUAUUGGAAAGUAGCAUCAAGAUCACCAUGCACUUUUACCACCCUUUGAAGUUCAUCAUAAAUUAUUUUGUCUGUAGCCUAAUAAAUGGCAUGGUUUCCUGAGUCGUAGUGGGAGGACCACACACCAUAUCAUCGCUUGACUCCAAGUUUACUUCGAUAUGAUGGUUAUUAUAUCAAUUUUUGCGCAAAUAGGCGUUUCCACCACCAUUUCUCACAUAAUUCAUUUUACUGACACAAAAUGAUCCCACCAUGUCGAACGAACAAAUUAUGUUGGCAUUUAUAAAAUUGUACAAAAGAUACCUGUUUCCAUCACAGCUGUUGUGAUUUUAGAUGUUGGUUUAGAAGUUGCACUCAUGUCAAAUUAUUUUUCUGUUUUAUAUCAAAAUAAAUGGUAAUGUUUUAAUCCUCAGCCCAACCAGUGACGUUCAAACACAAGCUGGAGAGCCAGGAGGCUAAGGAGGGGGGCAGUGUUACCCUGCACUGUGAGCUUUCUAAACCUGGGGUCCCUGUGGAAUGGAGGAAGGGAACACAGGUGCUGAAGUCUGGAGAAAAGUACCAGAUGAAACAGAAAGAAUCUGUGAGUGAACUCCUGAUCAGCAAAGUAGCACCAGAGGACAGUGGAGACUACAGCUGUAUGUGUGGAGACUUGAAGACUACAGCCAGUCUCAAGAUUAAGGGUAGGAGGAAGACAUGUUAUUAACUAUUUAUCAUACUGUAUAUGCAAAGCUGUUGUGCUUUCGUCCCCGCGAUGCCCUGUUACUGGUAUACAAUGUUUCAAAUGGAAGUUCAGUGUAUUGUCAAGCAGAAUGUUUAUUUUUAUUUUUAUAUAUGGGUGUCCAGCAGUUGUUGAUUAUGAUGUUGAUUUGUUGGUUGACUUUGUCAUGUUUAAGGAACUGUAAUGUUAUGUCUGUCUUUUUGUUUGUGUCUCUGGGUGUCUGUGGGUAGUCUGUUUCAGUGUUGUCUGUGUGUCUUUGUGUAUAUUGGUUUGAGUCAUGGUGUUACAGAUUGGUUGUUUCUAUAAUUUGUUUGUAUUUGUAUUGCUUUGUUCCUUGUUCCUUUGUGGGUGUUCCAUUGACUAUGCAAUGGUGAUUUUAGUUGUUCGUUUUUUUUACACUUUCAUUCACAACUAACCCACUAAUGGUUCCACAGCCCAACUUGUGACCUUCAAACAUAAACUGGAGAGCCAGGAGGCUGAGGAGGGGAGCAAUGUUACCCUGCACUGUGAGCUCUCUAAACCUGGGGUCCCUGUGGAAUGGAGGAAGGGAACACAGGUGCUGAAGUCUGGAGAAAAGUACCAGAUUAAGCAGAAAGAAUCUGUGAGUGAUCUCCUGAUCAGCAAAGUAGUACCAGAGGACAGUGGAGACUACAGCUGUAUGUGUGGAGACCAGAAGACUACAGCCAGUCUCAAGAUUAAGGGUAAGAGAAAAUUGAUACAUUCAGAAGUGCUUUUGUCACUUAAUAUAUUUUCAUUGAAUAUCACUAAAAUGAUAUUACGUUCACAGGUGUAACAUUUGUUGUACUGUAUUGUAUGCUGUCUUCAAAUUCAUUAUUUGUUUCUGUUUGUCUGUCAUUUUGUAUGUGUUCUGAAAUGGAGGAAUGGGGAAGGCAAAUAUCGUUUCGCUACAAUAAGGACAAAUAUUCAGGAAAAUGCUACAUAUCAGCUUGAUGCAUUUGAACUACAGUUGUGUUGGGUUUCAUAUUUGAACUCCAAUUACAUUAUUUGUCUUUCAUUUAAUGAGCAAGUGACUUUGAGUACAAACACUGUUAUCCCUAUGUACAAGGAAAUAUUCUUCCUCAAGGUCAAUUCAGAUGGGAUGAUAUAUGGGUUAACUUGAAUCCCAUCGUGUUGCGUGAAGCUUUCCACCAUCAUAGCCCCAAAGGCUGAAUGUUACGCCAGCUGUGUUCUCAGUAGACUUGCAGUUAUAUUGUUUGCCUUGCCAUUCAAAGUUGGAUGUUUUAUCAUAGCUGUGAAGCGCCCAGCUCCCCCAGUCUCCCCCAAACAAGAGCCUCCGAAGCAGGAUACCAAACUGGAAGAAGGUAGGGAGGGGAGUGGACAUGGAGAACGGUUUGGUUGUCUGCUUUAA